AGCAGAUGCUUAUGUUUACAUCGUGAUAAUAUAAUUUAAAAUUUGAAAUAUUUGAAUACAUCAAAUUAAACUCUUGGUGUUCGAUUUGCUUUUGACACAUUUCAUUAAUCCUAAAGUUUGUUUUCCAUAGUAGUAUACAAGUCAAGUCGUAUACUUUAUUUUGUUUUGUAUUUCAAAUAUUUAUCUAGUUUCUAUUUGUAUUUCAACGAUAACUGUACACCGGCUUAGUGAACUGCAGUAAGUUUUUAAAUAAAUAAUAAUAAAUAAUUGAUUUGAACAAUCAAAUAAUACCGAAAAGUAAGAAAAUUACAAUUUUAAUAUUGUGGAUUUGUGUUGUUUUAGAGAUGAGUUUUAAUUGCUACAAAGAUAUAAUUGAAGAAGGAGAUACUGUUAUAUUGUACAUAAACCCACAAGCUAUGUAUGCUAUUCAAGCUCUGUCGAUAAUUGAAAAUCGUAAAGGUGAAAAAGUUGAGAAUAUUAUGCAGACAAAAUAUGGUGCGUUGAAAAUUUCAUCAUUAUUUGGUAAACGAUUUGGGUCAAAAGUAAAUCUAUCUAAUGGAUGGGCUUAUGUUUUGUAUCCGACACCUGAACUUUGGACUCAAACUUUGCCACAUAGAACUCAGAUCAUAUACACGCCAGAUAUUGGUCUAAUUAUGUUCAUGUUAGAACUUAAGCCUGGUAGCAUUGUGGUUGAAUCAGGUAAUAAUAUUUUGUUUUUAUUAAUAUUUACCUAUAUAUUUGUUGUAAAUAUAUAUUCACUGAAUAAUUGUGAUAUAUAUAGGUACCGGAAGUGGUUCAUUAACUCAUGCCAUGGCUUUUAGAGUAAAGCCAUCUGGACAUAUUUAUACUUAUGAUUUUCAUGAGCAAAGAGCAGAACAGGCCCAAAAAGAGUUUAAAUCCCACGGAUUAUCAGAUAUCGUUACUAGUCAAUGCAGGUACUUAUCUAACUCAAUUUAUUCACUAUUUACAGUAUAUAUUGUGUUUAUUUAUUAUGUAUAUAGUUAUAAAUUACUUAUUUAUAUAUUAUUAACCAAUUAUUAUAUUUGUUUUUAGAGAUGUUUGUCAAAAUGGAUUUAGCGACGAAGUGGUUGGUAAAGCCGAUGCUGUAUUUUUAGAUUUACCUCAUCCACAUCUAGUUGUUCCAUUUGCCAUUAAAGCUUUGAAAUCAACAGGUAAAAUUAGAUUUAACAAUAUUAAUCAUAAUUAUAUAUUUUGAGUAAACAUAUUAUAAUACAUAUUUAGUAUUUAGCUUAUAUUUCAUUUAAACAAUUAUUAAUAUAUUGACUGCAGCAAAAAAGUUUGCGUCUCAAUUUUUGUAAAUGUUCAAGAGAACUAAAAGAAGAUUUCAAACUUCUCUUUUCUUCUAUUUUUUUAUGUAUUAUAACACAGAAUCUAAAUUUUAACUAAUAUGAAAAAAGAUUGUACAUUUUUAUUUUGAAAAAGUUCAACGUGUAAUUAAAUAGUUAAACCAUUUUUCAUUGGGAUAGCCAGUUUCAGGUAGAUUACAUCAAUUUUCUGUGCUUAAAACCUGAUUUUUGGUAAUUUUCCUCUCGAAGGGUGAUAGAGAAAAAAAUGGACUACUAGGAACGGAACUAUUAAUAACUCAAAACUGCCAAAAUUUGAGAUACAACUUUCUGCACUCAUAUUCCAUAAUAGGCAGUUUAAAUUGCCAAACAAAAUUUAUCAGUUGAUAAAAUUUAAUAUUGUUUUGAUAUUUUUUUUUGGAAAACUUAAAUCGAUUAUCAUUUUCUGCAACUUAUUAUUAUUCAUUUUCUAAGUUGAUAUUAUUUUCUUUAUAAUAUAAUAUUUAUAUGAAAUUUAUUAAGUAUUAAGUAUAUCAAAACUAUAAUUUAUAACUUGAUAAAAAUAUACAAAAACUGAUAAAUACAGGAAAUUUAAUAAUAAUAUGUUAUUCAAAAUACAAUUAGGUGACUAGUUUUUAUCAUCAUUUUCAUUAGCAAUUUAUCCAUAAUAUUAAUAUUAGAAGUUUAUCAUGAAACUUUAUACAAUAAUUACAUGUGAAUCUAGAAUAUAGAAUAAGAAGAACAAUCAUAAUAUUUUGAUUAGAAUAUUUUGUUUGUAAAAGAAUUUUUUUUUUUUGAUUAAUGACUGGAAUAUUAAUUAUUUUAAAAGAAACAUAAUAUUUAAUCGUCUUGGUUGUUGACACAUGUUUUAAGUUUUUAUUAAAAUGCAGAGUAUUACUGUAUGAAUAUCAAAAAUGGAAUAACAAAUUCACGAAUAAAGUUGCGAUCAAGGUGUCCUUCAUAUAUUUUUGUAAUAUUUAUAGGCCGGAUGUUUAUAUUUUAUUAAAAAAGACAAUUAUAAACAUUUUGAUUGUUAUAAGUAUGCAAAAGAGAACAGCCAUUAGUUUGUCUGUUGACAAAAUAUAACAACAUUGUAUGUAAUAAUAAUGUACUCGUAUAAUAAUGAUAACAAAAAAACAACCAACUGAUUUAACUUUUGUUUCAGUUUAAUAAACUGUAUUAUUAGUAGUACAUCUGAUUUAGUAAUAUUAUCUUGUUGUUUAUACACACAUCUGAUCUCGUAUAUGUACAUCAAAUCCACAUUCUACCUAUAUAAUAGUGACACAUUGGCAUAAUAUUACAUAAUACAAGUACAUCUGAGAUGUAUGUACUGUAUAGGUACAUUUAUUAUUUGUGUUGGUAUUUUUGUUUUUUCACAUUUUCAGUAUCAUGUAAAUUUCAAUGUAAAUUUCCGUUCCACAGUACACGAAUGUAAUUUAUCAAAAAGAAAGUGUAGUAUUUUAUGUAGGUACUUAGUUCUGAUAGUGUUUUCAGUAUAAUAUCAAGGCUACAGAGCAAUGAAUAAUAUUAACUUGCAAUUAAUUGAAAAUAGGAUUGAUGUGUUGAUACAUUAAAUGUUAAUUGUUAUAUCAGGUAAUUAAAUCAAAUAAAGUUACAAUGUAAUUUGAAAAUUUAGAUUUUUUUUGUUUUAAUUACAAUUAGUAUUGUCAUAAGUAGUAAAAAAGAUUAAACCUAGAGUUAGUGAUUUUUUUGAAAUUAAGGAUGAUUGUUAUUUCAAAGAGAGGGCUUAUUCAGUUAAGGGAUAACUAAUUAUAUUUAUUUUAAACUUGAAACUCUACAUAUAUUUAUUUAUAUGAUGGUAGGUACUUAAAGUUGAAAUUAAUUUAAUUUUUAAUUUUCUAACUUGUCGAAUGUAUAGCCUUUAUUACAAGUAUUUAUUUAUCAGUAGGUCAACUAGUUUUUAAUGUUAUGAUAGGUUAUUAUAUGGUACACUAGUUCCACAUACUUAUUCAUCAGAUAGAAUUAAGUUAUAAUUUUCAGACUUUAUUGAAAAUAAAAAUAAAAAUAAAUGUUUACUAAAAAUUGUGUUUGUAUAUAAUUUAGGUUUUUUUAAACUAAAAUUCUGCGUUUGACAGAUAAUUUUUUUUUUAAACAGGAAACUUCUGCUUAUCUAUUAUAGAUUUGGCAAAAUGUUUUUACAUCAUAUUAUUAUUAUUAUCUAUUGAUGGAAUGUCAUAAACAAUAAACACACAUAAUAAUAUUGUUUACGAAUAUUGCAUAAAUAUUGUUAAUGCUCAAUACUACGUUUUAUGCACUACACGCACAAUAUUUUGUUUUUGUGAUAUCACGAUUUUUCCAUUUGGCCAAAAAAACAUAAUUAUGUAUUAAACAAUUUAUUAUUCUUUAUUAAUUUAGAUCAGUGUUGUUAGUAUACUUUAUUUUUAGAUAUCUACUUUAAAGCUAGUGAAAAUCUACAAAUCGUAACUUCCUUUUAAUUCCAUACAUUUCUUCCAACACUUAACAAGUUUUGUAAUGCUGUCCAUAUAAAAUUCUACAUACUGAGUAGUAAACACAGUUUGAUUUCAGCUUGAAUUUUUUCUGAAAGUGAUAAUUUUUUCAAAAAUUUGUAUUACUGAUAAUUUAAGAAACAAGUAAUUCUAAAAUGUUAUCAUUAUUUUUAGAUUCUGAGUGGAGCGAAGAAUAUAUAUGUUUUACUAAUUUUUACUACAAAAAUUUGACUAGAAAUCUUGCUCCGAUAUAUACGCAUAGCACUAAUUCUGAAAGGAAAUAUUGACCUGAUGGUACUUUUGUGUGGUAAUUUUUUGAUUUUCCAAGCGGUUUUCAUAAUAUCUCGGAAAAACUGGUAUAUAAUUUCGGAAAAACAGAAAAUGUACGAAAUGUUGGUAUUAGUACAAAAAUAUUAUGGCCUUUUUUUUUCCUGUGUAUAACUUUUCUACCAGAAAUUUUGCUCUGAUUUACUAUAAUAGCAUUUUAAGUAUGAAGGUAUAUCUGACUGGGAAGGUACUUUAGGGAGAAUAUUCCAAUUUCGAUUUUUCCAAGAGUUUUCUUAGCAAAUGUGAUAAUCCGGGAAAAAACAUGGGAAAACCCGGUAAAACGGGAUAAUCGAUGCAAUAUUAUAUAAAUAUUAUUAAAGAAAAUACAUAAUGCCUAUUUAAUUAAAUAUUUUACCAUAAUAUGACAUAUAUAUAUUGUUGACAAAGCAUCACUAUCAACUGAACUGUGCUUAGAAUCGUUUUUUCGUUCGCAUGGUUUAUCAUUGCUUAUAUAUAUACAUUAAAUUAACUAUAACAAUGGCUGCACCCAUCCACAUAUCCUACGACGUCUUUUUUUAACAUUUACCUACUUUUGAUUUUCAAAUGGCAACCUAUAUUAAAAAUCACAUAAUGAAAUUGGUGUUAAAAUUUUUGAUUUCUGUGAACCUAGGUAUUUCACUUUUAAGUUUGAGUAAGGCGAGAGUAGUGGAGCACGCGGCUAGGUUAGGUUUAUCAAUGUUUGUCAACAUUGUAAUUAACAAUUGAUUAUUUUGACUUUUUAGUAAGAUUUUUCGAAGAAAAUCAUGUUUUAAAAAUGUAUUUAUUUAUUUAUUUAAAACAUCUUAGUCAUAUUGUAUGAUUUGUUACGAAAUAUUGUUUAGCUCAUCACUUUUACUAGGUAUCUCUUAUUAGGUAUACACUUUUAUCUAUUUUUAUUUUAAAUCUUAUUUCUAUUCAGAUAUAAUUGAUUUGAUCAAAUAGGAGAGUUUCUCAUACGCGUUAUCUCCGCUAUAACAUCAUUUUUGGAAGGCUUUUUGACUGUUAAUAUUGAAUUGUUACCGGUCCGACGGUGGGUUACGUAUAUAACACAUAUAAUGUACUAGAAUAUGUAAUGCCAUUCACACUUACCUAUAACCACGUGUUGAAACCCUUUUCGAAGACUUUUGAAAAUGGAAAAUCCGAUUAUUGAUUGUUCUAUGUUAUCGUAAUUAAGUAUGCAUGCAAAAUUGCAAAUUGUUUGGAUCAUGGGAAGUGGGUCAAAAAUGGAUUGCAUGAAUCCAUGACACAACUCACGGCAAAUCAAAGAAAAUCACGUAAUAAAAAUUAAUGUAGUUCGUGCUAUUGUACGUGGCUGGAAGCAAGCCAUUUUUUUUUUUAUAAAUUAAAACUCAAUUGUAGUUACCUUGUGACUAUAAUAAUUCACUUAUAUCACUUGAUUAUUCAAAUUCACCUGAAUUUAAAUUAUUGGACGUUAUUUAUUAUAUAAUAUAGUACAUAUUUAGUGUUUACGAAUAAGUGCGUUUGUCAUUUUCAUCUCGGGACAUCGGGUCAAGUGGAAGUUUAGGACGAGGGUGACCAUCUCCAAAUAGUUCUGAUGAAAGGCAAAGGAGACUAAGAAGAAGGGGAAAUAAACGAAAUUUAUUGUGGCAAUAAUUUAGGUUGAAGCCCCCCCCCCUUGUAUACGUCCCUAUAUAUAGAUGGAUCAUAGAUGCGAAAUCCUUAUACCUAUUAUACACUAUACUGUGAGCGAAGAAUCUACUAGUUACCAUAAUGGUUAUAUGUGGUAACAGAUACUGGUUUAUGAUGAACAACAUUUUUAUCAAUCUGUUUUGUGCCAAUUUUUUUUUAUUAAUAUUAAGUUUGGUGUAUUAUUGUAGUUAACAUGAUGAAAAACGUUUUGGUAAAAAUCCGAAGUUAAAAAAAUAUUUAUACAACGAGAUAAUGAGAGUUGAUGAAAAGCCGUGUGACGUCUUAGAGCCGACGACUGAGCAGCCGCCUAUGUAACGUGUAAAAGUAGUUAAAAUUUACACAAUGAUUUUAAUAACUUAAAAGUUAAAAUAGUAUUUUCGAAUUUUUUUAUUCGUAAUUCCAAGUAUAUUUAUGUGCUUAAGACGACGGUGUGAUUUAAAAUUUAAUAUAUUUAGUUGUAGCAUAUAUAUUAUAAAUUAUAAUUUAGUAAAAUUAUUGAGUUCGCGACUCGCGUCAUAUUGCCGCGCGGCUCAUCGCAGUGGCACAAACCAAAUUUUAUGAAAUUGACUAUAAUAGUUUUAUCUACUAAUACAAAACUAGAAAUUAUAUCAAAAUUAUAAUCACACCAGUGUUGUAAACACAAAAAAAUACUUAAGUUUAUACAAAAAAAAUUUAAAAAAUAUUAUAUUUAACGAUUGAAAUCGUUGUGUUAAUCUAGACACUUUUGCACGUAAAAUAUACGCCGCCGUUCCGACUUCGGCUCUUUGACGUCACUCGCAUAUUUUCAAAUGCCUGUAUCUUAUUGAAUAAUAUUUGUGUUUAAGUGUGACACCCACACCGCAUUUCUUAAAUAAUGACAUAUUUUAAAUCUAAGCAAACUUGUUUUUAGUGUUGUGAUGUCCUUUAAGUUACAAAGCAUAAGCAAAAAGAAUGGUGUGUACAUAUUUAUAUUGUGGUUCCGUUUCAAAAAAUAAUAACGACCAUGCCUUGUCUUUUUUUAUUAGACAUUUGUUUUUUUUUUAUCACAAUGAGUUAUUUCUCAGAUUUGAAAUGAUCUAACAUAUUGUAUGCAAUUUAAGUUUUAAUGCAGUUUUAAAAAAAGUUUUCAUACAAAUUAAUAAUAUUAUUUUCCGUAUUUUUUAUUCCGGUUACUGCUAGGCAGCCGGUAUUCGGUGAAUUGCGUUUUCGUUAUCGCUUAUGGUUUAGGUUUACACCUUGAUUCAAUAUAACCACUUUGGUAACCAGUAAAUGCUCAUUGAUCACACGUUUUGAAUAAACCGUAAGUCCCAUCCAUGAUGUAUAUAAUAUUAUUAUCUACGAGCUUAUUAAGGAGGAUUCCCUGCUAUCCCUUGUACGUGUACAUGCGUAUUAAAACGAUGCUCCUCCCACAGUGUAUGAUCUAUUCAUAUUACCACAAUUCACAAUAUAACAAUAUGAUUAAUAGUAAACAUUAGUAAUCACACGUCAAAAAGUUGACUCGAGUUCAACUCUGCGGUAUUCUGGUAGCAUAUAAGCAAAGCAUACAUUGUUAGAGAGCCCUAUGGAAAUCCUGUUCUCCGAUCGAUUCUAAUCCCAACAAGAUAACAAUUUCAUUAUCAAUUAUGAUUUUUAAAUGUUUCAAUAUGUAAAAACUGAAGUGUUUUAUUUUAUUAAUAUUUGAAAUGCCAUUCAUAUUUGAUCAAUUAUAACAUGUAUGAAAGAAAUCAUUUUUUUAGGUAAGUAGAUUAUUAUAUAGUUAUUAUAUUAUAGGUACAUAUUAAAUUUAAUAUCAAAUUAUUAUUUCAGGAUAAAAUAUUGUUUCAUAAUUAAAGAUAUUAUUCAAUAUGUUAAAUAAAAAAUUUAAACACGAAGAACACUCGAUAGAUGAAAAUAAAUUACAAAAUUUGAGAUACGAGAUGACAUUACAUACUCGUACAUAUAACAUUCAUACAUAAUCAUUUUUGACCUUACAAUCUAUCUUGUUCUUUUGUAUAAAUCACAAUAUUUUGUUUUCAUUGUUUGUUGUAACUUAAAACAAAAAACAAAAAAACAAAUUGUAAUAGAAUUAAUUGUUAUCCACAUUAACAAAUAAUAUAAUUUAGUGUUACCGAUCAGUUUAUUAACAAUUCAAAUAGUUAUCGUAUCGUAUAGGUAUCUUAAAAAAAAAUUUAAAAAAAAUAUGAACUAAACAUGUAUGUCUUAGUAUCCUACAAAAUAUAAAAUAAAAUAAAAAUAGGCUAACAUAAUAAAUUAAUAUCAUCAAUAAAACGCAAAACAUUUUUACAAACUGAUAAUGAAAUUGUUAUCUCGUUGGGAUUAAAGCCAAUGGGAAAACAGGAUUUCCAUAGAGUUCUGUAACAAUCUCAUAGAUCUUAUACUGUAUAGUAUAAGUACUUAGUCUAUGAACAAUGUACACUUUGCUUAUAUGCAUCCUGGUAGUAGUAUGAUGUACACCAGAACCAAUAACCAAUAACCAAUCACCAAUCAUAGCGCAUUCUGUACAUACACGCAAACGGGAUAGCUAUGGGAAUCCGCGUUUACUCCGCUAUAAUUUCAAGAGUUCUAAUGAAAACUAUACCAUGCGUAAACAACAAACGAAUCGAGUCUCGAGUCCCGUCGCCGAGGUUUUUCGAUAUUUUGCCGAUAAUAAUAAUUCACCGUGUACGGACAAUAAUAAUUAAGUACCCAACGGGCCGGGCCGCGCGUCCUCCUAACAUCCGAUCGCAGUAGUGGUAAAAAAAGUACAAUAUUUCGAGUGUAAGUACGUAUUAGAAUAGUUACCGUGGUGAUGGUGGCUUAGACGUCUAAUAAAAAUCGACGUCCGCGUCGCGAGAUGCCUUAUUUCGCCUUAUUUACGCCCAUCACGGAUACCGUAAUGCGCAGGCACGUCGUAAUUAUUAUAGGUUAUACCUUAUAGCACGUUAAUUCCGUCUCUAUCGAUAAUUCCUUUGUGUGUGUGUAUGUGUGUUUUUUUUCGACCGUUGUUGUGUAUCCAGCCAGUCACGGUGUAUAAUUAUUAUUACAUUUAUACCUAUAUAUAUAUAUAUAUAUAUAUAUAUAUAUAGGUAUACAUUAUAAUAUUAUAGAUCUUGCGCGGAGAGUACGCACGGUAGGUACGGACCAGUCUUUUUAGAGAGAAAAAAAAACGGUCCCGGACAAAAUAAUAAUAAUAUACCUAUAUCUAUAAUCGCGCGCGGUACCCGGCAGUUUUUUACGUAUUACAUAUAUACUUAUUAUACUUACUUAUAUAUAUAUAGAUGGUCAGACUGAGAUAAAACAAUUAUUAAUAUUACACGAUAAGCUACUGUAUUCGAUCCGUACGAUGAAAAAUAAUAACUACGUGUGUGUUUACUCGAUUUCACAGACGGAUUUGUGUAUACAUAUGUGUAUAUAUGUAUUAUAAUAUAGGUGUACACACAUCACCGGUGUCCGUUUAUUAUAACUGUUCGCCGUAUGCGCGUGUGUGUGUGUGUGUUUUUUUUUCACUUUUAAAUAAUUCGUUUUUAUGUUACCGGAUUGUAUAUUAUGUUUUGUGUAUAGCGUCUCUUAUGAUAUAUUAUCAUAUUCGUCGAGAAAACGAGAAAAAAAAAACGUUUACUACAGUAUGCUAGAUGAUAAUAUAGUCCGCAGUCGUGUUACUGUAGCAGUAAUAGUUAUCGUGUACUUAUGAUACCUACUGUAUAACUGCCAACUAUAAAACGCGUUAUUUUUUUGAUUCAUUUUCGGAGACUUUUAUGCGCUGUAAUUUAUUUAUAUUCUUAGCGAAACGAGCAACGUAUAUUGGUUAUUUUAUCUUCCCGGUCUGUGAAUGACUUUUCGAUCGGAAAUCUUGUUCCAAUCGUCAGGGUUGAUUGUUUCCGAAGGUAGGUGGUGAAUUUCGUCUUGUUACACAUAUGGCUCGUCAUUGAGAAUAUUAUUUUUCGAUAUCUCUCUCAAUUUACUUAAUAGUAAGAGAAAAACGGGAAUGUUUACGUUAUAUUUUAUGUCAAUUUCGUUUUAAAGUUCAACGAACAAUAAUCGUAGACACCUAUGAUUUUCACCAAACUUACUUAAAUUUGUCCUUUCUAUAUUAGUGGUGUAAUUUUGAACACAGCCGUUUUUUUUUUUUUUUGAGUUAUUUCAAGUUAUUUGAAAUUGUAUAGAGUUUUUUUUAUUGGUUUAAUUCGAAUACAUGAUCUAUUCGACACUAAACUUUGCAAAAAAGAAAAGCGAAGCAAAGAACUAUACAGCUUCAAAAUGAACCAAGGAACGGCUAAAAAAAGAAGCAAAAAUAUCAGUACUUUUUAAACAAAAUACUGACUUUAUUGAUUCUCAAUGCAAUAACAGUGAUAACGAUGAUGUUUUGUGUGCACCCACCAGUACAAUUUAAAAAAAAAGACAAAGCCCCUUACCUCUUAGACAGACAGUACUCUUUAAAAAUAUUAAUAUCGUAACUUUUAAAAUUGCAUCUACUUUGGUUAGAAUGAAAAUAAGUGACCGAAAUGCUAUGCAUGUUUUAUCAGCUACACUACAAUCGUUGGGACACAAUAAUACCUACAAGACUUUACUCUUAACAGAAAAUCAAUUUGACAAGUUAAUAUCGAGAAGAAAUUUCAGACUACGUAAAUAGUUUGCUUGUUCCAAUUAUUUUAUUGACAGUCUAUACUGGGACGGAAAAUUGCUUCCGAAUUUCUGACGGAAGAUUUAAAUGUCAAAAGAUAAGGUUAAUCGUUUUACAGUUAUAAUAUCAGGGAAUGGUUGUAUUACGAAAUUACUUUGUGUGACAUUGUUUAAUGCAAAUUUUUUGUUAACACAAUGCACUUUUCGACACUCUGACUAAUAAAACGUCGUUGCGCAUCACAUUAGAAUCACAUUAGAAGUGAUGUAAUAUAAAUCCGGGUAAAAAUCCGAAAAUUUGGAUUUUGAACCUCGUAUUCUGAAAGUUGUCUAGUUAGUACAUUAAGGAAGUCAUUUUUUGAGUUUCCAAGUAGGUUAUCAUAAUUAUUGAAAAAAAAAAAAAAAGGGGAUAAACGGACGAAUAUUUACGGCGUAACGAUUUCUUGAUUUUAGAUUAUCGUAAAUAUAAACAUUACCGAUUAUACAAUUAGUAUUCUUACAAACAGUAAUCUUACAUAUCGAUAGUUUAUAUUUCAUACUAUAUUAUAGUGUUGAUAUUUUUGGAUUUCGGAUUCCGAAAAUCCGGAUUUACGAAUUACGGGCAAACCCGGAUUGUCCCCACCGCUAAUAGAAACGAUAUUUUAACCCGAUUCAUCCACCCCCGGAAAACAUUAAUCCGGGUAAACGCGCAUCAUCGCUACCUGUACGGUCCAUACCUAUACUCGUAACGUUAUUAUAAUGCGAAAACGGCGAAACGAAAAUAUCCCAACUGUAAAAUCGACGGACGGCGACGGGAAUGUUUUACGUGAGUACAAAUGCCGCUCGGGUAUUUUUAUUUUAUUCUCUAUUUUCGGUGCGCGCCUAUAUUAUAGGUAACCUACCGCGCGAGGUAAAAAAAAAAAAAAAAAAAAAAUAAGAAAAAAACCGCCGAUGCAUAAUGUCAGUAAUUAAACGUUGUUACAGCGGCGCUGCGUACCCAUCGUAGGUACCUAUAUUACUAUAUUAUUGAUGCGCGUUCAAUCUUGUUAUUAUCUUAAACGGUUUUGUGGGGCAAACCGAAAGAAUGUCCGAAAUGGGCUCGAGGCUUGAAUAUCAUUCGAAUGGAAAAUAACGCGAGAUAGCUAUGUGAAUGCUGCGCGUACCUAUAUAAACCGACGUGUACCUGCAUAAUGUAUAUAUGUAUAGGUGGGUACGAGAUGCGUUUUCGUUUUCCGUCCCGAUGCAAAUCAACAACGCGUGGGAAACUUAUUCCGAUUUUGUACGAAACGACGGUCGUCAUUAUAUUAUACAGGCAUUCGUAUACCUGUAUAUUAUGUAUAUAGAUGUGUCUACGCACGAACGCCGGGAUAGUAUUGCGAAACCGUAACGUGUAAUUGUGCGGAUAGUUCUGUUAAACGUUCGGCCAGAGACAUUGUAUAUUACACUACGUUCGGGAAGGGGGGGGUGGUGGCGGGGCUGGUGGGGGCGGUACCGGCAUAGUUUUCGAGAAAUUGAUAAUACAAAAAUUACAUAAUACGCUCGUAUAAUUUGUCCACCGCGCGACGGAAGAGCGCGUUGGUUUUUUUUUUCGGCGGCGGGAGUGGCGGGGGGUAAACGCGGGUCGGAAGGGUCUUGAGAACGCCGUUUCGUUACGGGUAUAAAUAUACACAUAUAUAAUAUAUGUAGAUGAAAGAAGAAAAAUAAAAUAUACGUGUAUAUUAUUGCGUUUUUGUCCGUGUGAAUGCAAGCUAUAAUAUAUUAGGCAUGGUGUGUGUGUGUGUGUGUGUGUAUGUGUGUAUAUAUAUAUAUAUUGUAUAGGUAUACCAGAUAACCGCUGCAGAUACGUGAAACAAAUUGUUUAAUCGAAAUCGCCGUAGUGUCCACGCCCCGGACAUCGCGAGAUCAAACCAAUUAAUGGGUUAGCGUUAUGAUACUAUUAUGCAGCGAAACGUAUACUGUUUAAUAUUAUAUACAUAUAGGUAUAGGUGUCGUCGAUCUCGCGAGUUCUGGUUAUGAUUUUUUCGAAACAACAACAUAUUAAUAAUUACCGGUUGACGGCCGCCUUUAAAAAUGCAGGUUCAAAUCGAAAAUUGUAAUUUUUUUUUUUUUUUACAGUAAUAGUUUGAAUUUAUUACAUUAUUAUCGUUAUUAUCUAUUAUAUUUAAAAAGAUGGAUAAACUUCGCACGAGGAGCAAAUUUGUUUUGGUGUUAAGUUGGGAAUGUUUGAUAUAUAUAGGGGAAUUUAAUGUGUAUCUGCAUUAUGCAACGAAUCAUCAUUGCUAACUGCAAGUUCGGACGAGCAAUUAUAUUUUACCGGUACGUUAUUCUAUAAUAAUAGUCUAUAUAUAUAUAUAAAGAAAGGAUUUUAAAAAGUUUAAGUGGAUUAAUUAAUAAUAAUAAUAAUAAUUCAUCGCCAAUACGUAUUAACCAUCGAGUCAUUUAUUUUUAAAACUAUCGGCAAAUACGCGCAUUAUAAAAGUAUAUAAAGGUAUUAUUUAUGUAUUUUUAUGGAUUACUAUAGUAACACGCAGGAUCGGCGUUAGGGUAGGACAAGUAGGGCUUACGUCCAAGCCCUCGAAUUUUCAGAGGCCCCGCGCUUGUAAACCCAGACACAAAGGUAGCACAAUUAUAAUGGGCGUAAAACUGGAAAAAUAAUUUGUUUAGAAAAACGAUGUUUUUGGGAAAAACACGUGCACACGCGUUGUCUUAUUAAGCAGUAUUUCCAGCCGUGGUCAAGUGUAAGGUAUCAUUAUAAUAAUAUCAGGUGAAAGAAGUGGUACGCUGAAAAGAAAAUAUCUCACAAAAAUAAAUUUAUCCAAUGCCUCGGAAAUCGUAACGCCGGCCCUGGUAAUUCGGAUGAAAUUAAUUGUUAUGGAUUACCAUAGUAACACGGAUGAAAUAAAAACAAAUUUAAAGGUUGGUAACAUGGAUGAAAGAAAAAAAAAACCGAGUGAAAUAUAAAAUAAUAUUAGAAAUAUUUUAAACUGUGCGCGAGCGAAGCCGGGUAAUACUGCAGCUAGUAAUAUUGAUAAUUUCGUUGGAAUUAUUUACAUGCAGUUGAUGUUUUUCUUUUCUUUUUUUUUUGUAGUUUCUUUGAUAUUUUUCACUUCUCGCUUGUAUAGUUAUUAUAAUAUUUUAUAGAACUCAAUAUAAUUAAGGAAGAUUUUGCUUUGAGAGGAUGUUAGCGUGAAUGUUUUUGGACACGAAAACCUUGUGUCGUGAAAUCGUUUUAUUUCCAAUAUAUACAUUUAUCAUGAAAGUUAUACAACACAACUUCAUGUCUACACAUCAAUUUAGCUUACAUAAAUUACGUGUUAAUUUAUAAAACAAGUUACGGGAUUUUUUAAUCGUUACAUAGAUUACUUUUAAAUAUCUUAUGUAUCUUAUCCUGUAAUUCCACGAAAUAGAAAAUCGCUAUAAUAAACAUAUAAUUAAUAUUAAUUGUGUUUAAUUUUCUUAAUGAUACACAUUUCAAAAUCCGUUUGACGAGGAAUUUUUUUUCUGUUUUACACGGUAAACGAGUAUUCCUUUUGUUUUCGAACUUUUCGUUAAAAUCGUUUCAAUUUUUAUUAUUAUUUUUUUAUAUAAUUUUCUUGUACCUACCAUAUAAUGUAAUUCGUUUUCUUUUAUUUUUUCGUCUCAACAGCAUAUUAAGUGUACGUAUUUUCAAAAUGUAUUUUACUUAUAUCGAAAACUACACUGUACCAAAUCGACUUGGGCAAUUUUUCCCCGAGACCAAAGAUGUAUAGAUUAAGAUAAUACGCAUAUCGAAUCCUAUUGAAAUUGAUAAUAAAUAAAAUUAUACAAUAUAUGAAUGCGAUUUUACUGUUUACGAUUUAAACUUCGUGCAUGCGGGUAUAUUAUAUUUAUAUAUAUAUAUUAUAUGUAUAUAUAAUAUACGCAUACAGUGUACGUAAUAUAUGAUAUUUAAAUCGUAUGCAUUUAAUAACAAAUCGAAUAAUGUACGACUCGACCGACUUAUAAAAUAGUUGCUUCGAAUCACCUCAAGCGACUAUUAUUAUUACCAGCUAUUACCGACAAAACGUUUUGCGCGUCGGUGGCGGUGAAUUAUAUUUAUUUCGCGUACACCGCAAUGGAAAAUAAAUAAUAUCCGAUGUCGGGAAGAAAAAAAAAAAAUUAAAACGUCAAAUUGUGCGAUAUGGUCAGUAAUAGGUAUUUUUACUAUUAUUAAAUAUAUACAUAUGUAUUUUAUUUUUAUCAAACUGGUUAGAUGCGAUAUUAUGCAUAUUAUAAUGUAUGCAGAAAUACUGAAAUGCGUAUGUACGUACCUAUAUCUGCUGCAGUAGUGCUUAUAUUAUCCUGCAAACUGGUUUAACGUUACGAAAGGCGCGCGAUCUCGUGUAUCUUCUUACACAUUUAUGAUUAUUAUUAUUUUUUUAGCAUUUUAUGUUCAGUAGUGUCAGCGUAUGCAAUAUGUAUUAGGUAUGUUUAUGAUUAGAUAGAUAGAUGUCUAUAGCGCGAUUGCUUUACAAUUUGCAUUAUCCGUUAAAAUAUAAUAUUCGACUUAUUAAAAUUAGAGUUAAGCGAACACCUUAUACCUACGUUUAUAAAGAAAGUUUGACAGUUUUCAAGCAAUGAUUUCGCAAAUCCGCAUUAUUUUAUGUAGUUGUAUACUAUGAACAAUUUAGCUUAAUUUAUUAUGGAGGAAAGUAAGAAAAAAUAAAACCGAAAAAAGGAUCCGAAAAGACGGAGUUGAACUGUUGAAAAUUUCAAAAAAUGUUUCAAGUAUAAAAUUCGGAAUCUCUUAGGGGUACUGCGUGAACAAAUCGAAUAUUUUUACUAUAAUUGAAAAGUAUUUUCCGAGAAAAUAAACUUUUUCUAUAGUAACGAUGGAGAUCUUAAUUCAACUGUAGGUAGCGCUAAAGUCGUUUAUUGUAAGGAGCACCCUAAUUCUUGUUUGCAUAAUAUGUUACGCGUUUAUCGUUUAAAAUAUUCAUUCGUGCGUCACCAUUGGAAAAAGUGCGCCUAGUGCUCUUACGUUACAAUCAUGGAUCUAAUAACUAUGAACCGCACAAAGAAAGAGAGACAACUUUAAAAAAAUAUUUUUUUUCUCACGGUAUGUGAUAUUAUAAAUUUAAAUUAAAUCUAUUAUCACAAAUAAUCAAUCAAUUAAUCAAUUAUAUCUACCGUAUUUGUUAACAUGAAGUUAUUUCUAUAUGAAAUAAAAAAAAAAAAUUAUAUUAUAUUCUCUUUCAUGAUGGGUUUAUCCGAUAUUUCUAUCUUAUUUAAUGUUUUAUUGCUGCGCAAUAGAUGAGGUGAUUAUUAUUGUUGCUGCAAUUUAAUUAUGUACUGUUCGGAUGUAUCACAAAACUAUCCCCUUAUUUUGGUUCAACAAAUUGCUACGAGAGUACAGAAUUUAAAUUUCGAUAGUUUCUUCGUUAAACUCUACUACUAACCAUUAAAAUCGAGUUUAAACAUAUUUGUUUAUAAUAUAAAAUAUUAUGCAUAUACCAUUUUACAAUGGUGGUACGUGCAAUAUGAAAUAUUUAUACAUGCAUUGAUUAAUUAUACUGUAUGUACACUUAUUAUAAUAAUUAAGGGAUUCAAUACACGUCUUAUUUAUUUUAAAUAUUAUAUUUUAUACGAAUAUUAUUGGGAAUAUCACAUUAUUAAUAUCAUACAUAGUUACUUACUUAGCUAUUUCGUUUUGGGAGAAAAUAUUACCAAUAUUAUAACACUGAUAAUUAAUGGCAUAGACUACUUAGAGUAUUAGGGUAAAUGGUAAAAUUAAUAUUACAUUAGACAAAAAUACACAAUAUUUGCAGCAUAUUAACAGCCAUUUCUUUCAACUGCGAAUUACUAAUUUAAUUUCUAUAUAUAGUCAUAAUAUUAUGCAUUGAUGGCUACACAUUAUCACAUAUAACACUUAAAACUGUGGUUCUCUUGGAAAGUUGUCGGUUUUGUUGGAUAAAAACACAUUUAAAUGGCGAAAUUGUCCUUAUGCCAUUAUAAAUACGAAAGGCAUUAACCUUAUUAUCGGAAUACAUUUAAAUCACAGCAAAUAUAAGAAUUGAUAAAAAAAAAAAUCGGUAAAAUAAAAGUUAGAUCCGAUCAGUGGCAUACUGACAUAUACACACACACAAACUACUUGUAAAUACUUAUUCAUCAUUGAAACAGAAAUAAUAUAAACAAAAAGUCGUUCAAAACGUAAUAUUUUUCGAUUUUUGUUUUCUACCAGAAAUCUUACUUCAAAUUUCAAGAAUAUUAUCUUUUUCGAAAUAUAUUUUGUUUAGUUGAUAAAUGAGAAAGUCAUGUUUUGAUUUCCCAUGUCGUUAUCUUCUUUAUAAUUGUGUAAAACCAGAAAAUAACGUAAUAAAAACGAGAAAGUUUACGGAUAUACAAAUUGACUUCCUAAAACACUUCUAAAGCAAGAAAUUAACAAAAUUGGAUAAAUGUGUAGUAAUAUAUAGUUUUUUAAUGGUUUUAAGGUCAGUGCAUUAUUACUACUAUGGUAUAGUAUGAUAAUUAAUUAAUUUGUUGUAAUAAAUGUGUAUACUUAAUAUACAUUUUCAAAAAUAAACAUAAUUUUAUAGUGAAAAUAGUAAAAAUCAAUAAAUGACAAUAGUUAAAAAAAAAAAAUAAUUUUUAAGUAAAUACAAAUGUUUUAGUCAGGGCUUGAAACUGUUAUCAAAUGUUUUUUUUAUACCCGUUACCGGUUUUCAGAUUGUCUUAUUGUUAGUGGUAACUAUAAUAGCGAUGUAGAUGUAAAAUUACCGUACGAAAUAUUUUCGAGACAAUACAAUAGUAAUUAACGGCUAAACCGGUGAAUCAAACGGUUUACGAAAUAAUUAUUAAAAGUAAUCAAUAAAAUAACUAAAACCCGUAUUGGCAAUACGCGGUAUAUACGCAGCAUUGGUAAACUUACCGAUAUAUCAAUAUUAUAUAUAUCUUCUUUUAAAAUUAUAUCCAACAAAAAUUGAUUUUUUAAGAAUGAUGAAUAUGUAUGGUUGUCGUGUUUUAAUUCGAAUCCGCCGUAAUCUUUCGAUGAUGCUUUAUUACUCCUUUUUUGUGACCGUGUGUUCUUUAGUAUAUAGAUAUCUAUAAUAUAUAGGUAUUAAGUAUAUAAAAUAGAAUGUGAUGGUCCUAUUACUUGAUUACAAAACAUAUUACAACAUUAUGAUGGGAAUAUUAUUUACGAGUACGACCGUCCGAGAUACAUAUCUUCAAGUAUCUAUAAGUACAUAUUAUUUGUAUAUUUAUCUAUAAUCGAUGCUAUAUAGUAAUUAAUAUGCGUACGGUAAAAAUAAUAACGAAAACGCUGCGCACUGUGAAAUCCGUAGUGUGCGGGUAUUAGAUAUGUAAUCUUUGCAUCGGUUGCAGAAUCUAUACAAAAAAAGCCAAUAAAUAAAAAAGCACGAUAUUAUAUAGGUAGCGGGUAAUAUUUGUUAAUACAAUAUUAUUACUUAUUUAAAUCCAAACGGAAAUGAUAAUAAUAUAAGUACACACACACACACAAUAAUAUUAUUCAAGGACAAGACGCAUGGGUAUUAUAUUGUAUACCCAUAUAUUUUAUAUAUAUAUAUAAUAUAUGAACCGUUCACCGUACCAAUAACGUGUGUGUAAUGCAAUGAAGUAAUAUAUUAAUAUAAUAUAAUUUAUAUAAGUUGUCUCGAGAUAUAUCCUUAAACAUUGUACUAUAUAUACUUAUUAUAAGUUAUGUGACGUGCAUUUAUGCAUUAUAUCGAACUAAUAUAAAACAUAUUAUAAUAUACAAUAUUGUCAAAGGAUUUCGUUACACGCGUAUCUAUAACUGUAUAUCGAAUAUGCGUACGGUAUAUUAUGGUUUGUUGGCGAUUCGUUUUCGAGUGUAUAUAAUGUAUAUUAUGGUGGAUAUUGUUUUAAAUGCAAUUGGUCUCGAUAUAAAAAAAAAUUAAUAGAAAAUACUGUUGGUGCGUGCACCACUGUUUUAAAAGGGAACUGGGAUUGGAUUAUAUAUUGACUUAUUUAAUUUAAAUUAGUACGCAACGAUAAACCAUUGAUAACAAAAAAAGAUUCUAAGCAGAGUAUUAUUAAUCGUAUUUGUUGCUCUCGUUGCCAAGGUAACCCAGAAGUCAACAAAAAAUUACCAGUUUUACGAUUUUUUUAAGAAAUUUACAAGGACAAUCAAAAAAUGACCUCCCAAAUGCACUGACUAGAUGAAAGAUGCUACAAGAAAGUUCCUAAAAAGUUUUUGAUUGGAACACGAUUUCUGGUAGACAUAUUGUUUAAAGAACACAUACACACACACAAACAAACCAUCAAAACCAAAUACAUUGCUUGCUUCGUGAGUUUGUAACUUGCAUUAAAAUAUAGAUAUGUAAUUUACACUACUAUAGGUAGCCGAAAAUAGUGUUUGUAAUUUGCACCAAAAUAAGGGUAUGCAAUUUGCACCAUCUUAAGUAGUUAAAAAUAGUGUUUGGCAUUUGCACUAUAAAGAGUAUCUACUUAUUCGAUUAUCAAGUGCCUAUUCGAUUGAUCCACAGUAGUAUACUAGACAAUUUUAGCUGACCUAUACCACUAUUUUUAAAAAUCCAAAAAUUAUUGUUUUCUUUAAAAUAAGUUUAUCUUUAGAAUAUUCUGUUAGAAAGAUUAGAAGAUUAGAAAGAUCAUUUUUUAUAAUUCAAUCAGAAAUAUUAAAGCCACCUGUCAGGGGUAUACGCCAUGAUCAGGUUUAUGAAGAAUUUUCUUCAGAUAUUAAUUUUACUGUUAUUUGUUUCAAAAAUAAAUUUGUAUAGACAUUAAUAAUGUGUACUAAUUUAGUAGUCAUUAGUUUAUAUGUUAUAAAAUUACACCCAAGUUCGUUAUUAGGUAACACAACUUCAUUAAGUAUGCAUAAAUAAUUAUUAAAUAUUCACUUGAAAGUUUUCCCACCGAUUCCACUUGAACUGGAACUCAUUUUUCUGGGCGAAAUAUCAAAUAAUCACUAAGCCAUUUUAAUCUAUUUUUUGCUUUCUAAAAAGAAAUAAAAUAAAAUCAUUAAGUAGGUAUCUAUAAUUUUUGAAAAUUAUCAAUUGUUGAAUAAAUAAAAUAGUCAAAAUUAGCAAUAUUAUUAGGCUAUAUUAAAAGUGUUAAAAGAAAUAUUUAGUAGACAAAGUUUGUGCUUAUAAAUUAUUUUUACUAACAAAAUUAUAAUUUAAACAAGAUUAAUUAAUUUAGUGGUACACUAUAAUUAUAAUUCGAUGGUCAAUCACUGUUAAUUUACAAUAAAAACAAUAUCAAAAUAAUGUUAACUUUAUUCCAGAAUAUGAGAUGUGGCAAUUAAAUAACAAAGUAUUUUAUUAUAGUUCUUCAAAUUGUCACAUCAACAACUUUGUGAUAGGCUUAUCGAAAUGUUCAAAAGUUUUUACUGAAGUUUUAUAAAGUUUAAUCGCGAUCAGAUGGGGACGCGUAACUUUGUAUAAUAAAGUUGUAUAAUAAAUUGUGCGAGACUAUUUAAUACAAGCCAAUACGUAUAAUUAUACCGGGUCGUGAAGAGGAUGGGCAGGACGAGCCUCCAGGUUGUCGGGUUUCUGGAAAACAUGAUAUUUAAAAUAUAUAUUAGCUGUAACAGCUGUGUAUUACAAAGUUUUUUAAAGUUUUGAUAUUAUGCGCAGGGCUGUGCCUAGGGGUUGCGAGAUGUGCCAACGCACCGGGUGCUAUGAUAACAGGUGUGCCAUUGAACAUUUUUAAAGUUCUGUAAUUAAAUAUUAUUACAAUGAACGUGAACGGCCAAUGGACAGGUUGAGCUUUUUUUUUUUUUUUGUUCAUUGGUAAAUUGACACUGAUUAUGCAUAUAUGGUAUAUUAUAUGUGUUAUGUUAAAUAACUCAAUAUUGUUAAUUUUAUAAUAUGUUUGUCGUAGUCUUUUGGUGGUACUUACCUGUUGUCAUCCCCGAGAUAGUAAAGUCAUACCCGUGUAUCGAAAAGAAUUGUUCACAUUUGUUUUUUCCCUGUUAUCGAAAUAGGAAAAACAAAUUCAUUCCGGGCGCACCUAGAGACCCAAUAACUGUCGCUCGCUCGGACUAUUUUAAUCGAACAAUACUCCUCGAUUUUUUGUACAAAUUUUUAUACCAAAAAUCUUGCUCCGAUGUAUCGAAGUGUCGCACCUUUACCGAAAGGAAAUUUUAUCUACAUGGAACUUUAGAGAGGUCAUUUUUUGAUUUUCUAAGCGGUUUUCAAUAUUGAAAAAAAAAACAGUGAUAAAAUGUCGGGAAAACGGGAAAAUUUACAUAUUCGAUUUUAUAAUUCAGUUAAAAAUAAUCGUAAAGUGACUUAAAACUUGGAGUGAAAUAUUAAAUUUAUGUAUUUUCUAGACGCGGUAAAUCUUUAAAAACAUUUGAGUCAUAUUUCAGAUACUUGUAUUUAUAGACACUUCGCUAGGCACGACACUGGUUAUGCGCAUUUUAUAUGUGUUAUGUUAAAUAACCUAACCAACGAUAUCGAAUAAUAUGACCUUCAGAAGUGCAUUUAGGAUGAAUUUCAUUUCGAAAAUGUCUCGGCCGUGCGAAAGUCCGCUCACCCGGUCAUUUCGGAAAUCUUCUAAAAAAAUAUAGAAGUCUUUUAAACCGACGGCGACGUACAUUUCCGUACAUAGAGCCGUACCCGCCUGGACAUGACGCGCGCUAAAAUAUAAUCGAUAGGCCCCGGUGCAAUAACCAGGUACGUCCACUUUUCAAAAUAUCUCCGUAAAACUGCGGGCGCGUCGUGUAUAACAACGCGUACGGUGGCGUAAGUGUAUUAUACACGUAUCGAUGGGGUGGCGGCGGCGGCCGGAGGACGUGUUUAUAUACGUCUCAAUGUACAUAAUAAACGCCGAAAUAAUAAUAUUGUAAUAAUACGCGAGUCCGUCUGUAAUAUUAUUACGAUAAUGUUAUACCCGUAAUGUUUACAUUUGCGGUGCGUCUACGUGGCGCCUGCAGAGCGCGGUCCCGUGUGUGUUCGUGUACACAAUAAUAUUGUAAUAACGUUACAGGCCGGUGGAAGCGGAACGACGUGAUAAUAUUGUUGUAAUGCGCGCCGUACGAUGAUAAUAAUAAUAAUAAUAACAACAACGACGAUUCGUGUGUGUGUACCGUGGUACCGUGUGCCAGUGAAAUAUGACCGCGGGUUCGCCCGUCGUCGAUUAGCCGCGUGCGCCCGGGCGGUUAUGACGUACCCGCGUAGACGACCGCGUCUGUCGGGAACACGAAUUUAUCAGGACACCGUGUCCCGGUUAGGCGAAAAGGGAAUCGCGUGUAUCUUCUCGUAUAUUUCCCGCGAACCAAACAGGCGUACUAAAACAUUUUAGGACCCGGAUUUCAAUGGUAAAUGCAUCAUUUUUCGAGCGAUAUUGGACAAUGUUUUCCGAGUACGUAAUUCGAUUGGUGUAACAGAGACUUCAAAGGUGAAACUUUUAUUUCGCCUUUUAGAUCGCGAGCGUAGCUAUUGAUUUUACUAAGAUGUUCAUUUUUUUUUUUUUUUUUUUUUCUAGUCCGUGGUUACGUUUUUUUCUAUUAAACUUGCUCCGAUUUUUACGUGUAGUAACUUUUAUGAAAGCACAAAUUAUCUAGAUGGUACUUAGAGAGGUCUUUUUUUGAUUUUCGACGCUACUUUUCAAAUAAAAGCUCUUAAGUGGGAAAAAACGCGGGAAAACUUACAAUUUCACGGGUUCAUUAUUUUAUAAAAAUACGGACGACCUUUUCUACCAGAAAAAAUGAUUUAAUUUAAAAAUCAUAGGAUACCUUUUUUGUUUACUUUAUUACGGUAUCAUCGCCUAAACUUUUGAGCCACUUUUGAGCUUUUAAGGAAUUUUGAUUUUUUGGAGGUUUUUUGCUUUAAUUCGGUUAUAGAAGAGACUUGAAACUUGGUAAUAAUACCAUUAUUAGACUUACCUAGACGUGCUGAAAUUUCCAAAAUCAUCAGACUUUUUUUUUUUAAUAAGCGUUUUGAAAUCAAAUUUAAACAAAAAUCGUAAAAAAAUUACGGCACUUCAAAUUAUGCAUUACCGAACUGCACUCGGAAUCGUCUUUCGUCAAGCAGUGGUUUAUCGUUGCUUACAGAUAUAAAUGAAAUAACCUUAUGUGUUCUACCUUUUCAACUUCUCACCUACAACAGUGGCCGCUCCCAUCCCCAGUAUCAGCUCUGUUUGUUUGCUUUUAUUUUUUUAUUUUAUUGCAUAUAUUUGUACAAUAUUAGAGUGUAAUAUAAUAUAGUAUUUGUACUUUAUACGACCAUCGAUUAAAGAUACUUGGUAUAAUCUAUGAUACGACAUAAUAAUUUAAAUUUAGCUCAUUUAAAAUAUUACCCAUGUUUUUCGGGUUUUUCUGCAGUCAAUAAGUCAAAUACUACAGUCUUUGUUUUUGUCUUUGUUUAUUUUAAAAUUAUUUUCUAUGGAACCGCUAUUCUAGUGCACACAAUUUUUAUUUAUUGACUAAUAAUCUUAAUAUUUUAUACAAUUAUUUAAAUUUAAUUAAUAUAAUAUAGAUACAAAUUAAGUGAGACUUUGAUGAGUUAUAACAUUUUUUUUUCAGUGCUCUUGAAAUUCCUCAUAUAAUAUUAUGAAAAUAUAUAGUUAAUCAUAUGAUUUCGGUUUUUUUUUUAUCAAAUUUUUAAUGAGUUAAUACACUUAAUAAAGAAAUUUAUUAUAGAAUAAAAUACUUUAAUUUGCUAUGGCUGUAUAUAAAUAUAUAUGUAUAUAAUAUAUUAUAUGCACCUUGCCCCCCUCCCCGGUAAAAAUUUCUGCGGGCGCCCUUGGUUUUAGUGGAUCGUUAUGCCUACAUGACAUUACGAAAAUUGUCGGUUUCAUUAUAGGUAAGAAUAUUACACAUCAUUAUAAUUUUAUCCGAUUAUUACAAUAAUAAUCGAUUUCACAAAUUGUAUCCACAUCCGCCGGAUUAGUUCGUCGGACUACGACCGUACUCCGAGUAUUAUAAUAAAGCGUAAUUAAAAAAAAAAAAAAACACUUAAAUUCACCUAUAAUAAUAUAAUAUAGUAUACACCCUGUGGCCUGUAUGCGUGUGCGUGUACGUAUGUGUGUGUGUGUGUGUGGCAUAUCAAAGGGAGCCGACUAUUUUUGAGCCACCCGCGAGGAGACCGCAGCGGAACUUUAUCAUCGACCGACACGGACGCGGAAAACGACGACGAUCGCGGGUAUAGUAAUAAUAAUAUGUACUCCGAGUAUUAUAAUAAAGCGUAAUUAAAAAAAAAAAAAAAAAAAAAAAAACAUCACCGUUUCGGUUCGCCCGUUAAAACAUACACGAGCGUGUAUAUACAUAGAUAUCCAAACCGAUCGAUAUGAGUAAUAAUCCGAAACUGUAAAUGCGCGUAUAACAUUACCUCUCCCCCCUCCCUCUCCUCCUGAUGUAUGCGCAGAAGAAUCCGGCCGGCACUGCGUGGCGCUCGUGCAAGUAUAAUAUUAUAUAUGUAUAGGUAUAUAUAUAUAUAUAUAUACGUAUAUGUGGUUAUUUACUAUUUUUAUUCGUAUUAUUAUUUUUUUAAAACUAUAUUUCGAUCCAAUUUCUCGCGCGCGGACGCGGUCGUGACCGCCGGAGACGCGGCAGCGGCGGCGGGUUGGAUACAAAAAAAAAAAAAAAAAUAAUAAAAAUUAGGGCAGAUAAUGAAAUAUUCUUUGUGCGUUACCGCGAGCUAUAAAUUCAUUAUCUAAUGCGAGAUGACCGUGGGAACCGCGUACUGUUACAAUACUGUUAUUAUUAUUAUACACUCUGCGGCGGCGGCAGUCUCGGGCGCGCGCGCGGAGCCGUACGCGAAGCCUCCGCGCCUGCGAAUCGUUCGCGAACAGCGCGCCGCGGCCAUAAAUUUCUAGCUCAUCAUGAAAUCAACAGUAUACCUAGGUAUAUUUAUAUAUAUAUAUAUAUGUGUAUACGAUAUAUAAUAUAAUAAUAAUAAUAUAACGUGUACAGUAUGUGCGCGUAUAUCGGUAUUAUGUACACGAGUAUCUGCAUAACACACAAUAUGUUCUCGUGUGUACGCCCAGUGAUUCAAUCGGAAAACCGUAUGUUAUUAUAAUGUAAACGUUGCACGGGUAUAAUAUUAAUGUAUAGUAAUAGAGAUCGAGCGGACACGUCGUAUACCCCAUGUCUAGCCGGGUAGUUGAGCGUUCACGCCGAAACCGAACCGCAAUCCGAGUAUGAAACGCUGCAGCAAUCGGAACGCCUAUAGGAAGCGAUCAAAAGUGUCCGGAAAUCUACUAUAGCGAAAACAAAUGAUAAUAAUAAAAAAUAUCGUUUUCGAGUUUACGGUCGGGACUAGUGUUCAAAAUGACGGGAAAUUCCCGAGAAAAUUUGUAAAAAAAAAAAAAAAACGUUUUUUACAAAACCGUGAAAAAUUGGAAAAAAAAGAUCGAAUAGAGUAAUAAUUAAUAAUAAAUUUAAGAAAAACGAGCAGGGGUAUUUUGGCGAUUAACCGGGUUAUAUUCAUUAUCGGUUAUGGUUAUAUGAUUUCGGCUGACGGUUAUAGAUUCGCCAAAACGACGUGUUUGUGGCUAUUUUAGUUUAUUACUAAUAAUAUUAAUUGAUAAUAAAAGGUGUACUGGCUGGAUUUUUAUAUAAACAUUACUUUAUCAAUAACCAAACAUUAUAACCGUUCAUUUCGUUUGGUUAUGAAUUUAUGAUAUUUCAGUAGCCUAUUGCAAAAGGUUAUAAUUAAAAUAAUAACCAAAAUCGCCCAAACCACUUGUUUAUAAAAUACAGUAAUCAUGUUACAUUUGGUUUUACGCCAAAGUGCGUAUAUGGAGAUAUAUUAUAAACUUUCAUAAUGAUAGUGAUAAAUGAUAACAUAGUAAUUAAUAAUAUUAUGUAUGUAUUAAAAUCAAAUGUUUUCUAUAAUUUCAUUAUUGUUAAAAAGCACAUUUUAAACUUUGCAUAGGUAUUCAUAAUUUGAUUCAUCGUUACUUUAGUCAGAGGACAAGAUAUCUGUGUAUUAAUAUUAUUGUUUAAAAUUUGAUAAAAGGUAAGUAAAUAGGUUGUUUGUAGUUAAUAUUAUGAUAAUGUAUGUUGCUUUAAAUUUUUUUUUCUCCUCAAUUGUUUUCUUGAUUUUUAUUUUUCCGGAAAUUUUCAAUCUCUAAUUGAGAUCAUAGACGUGUUUAGAAUUUAUUUGCCGAAUCGGCCAAGACAAAUCUCACGGAGAAUGAUUUUGACAAAAAAAAAAAAAAACCGAUUACUAUAGUAAUAAUAAAAUAGUUAUAAUAUAUAUUAUUAUAUACUAUCAUUUAUGAGCGAAUGGAACGGUUUUUAAACAUUUUGGCGAACGAUUAUCUAUAUAAUGCCGACACAGAAAAGAUUAAUAAUCAUCGAGUUUUUCGAUAGUGUUGUGCGCACGUCUCAUAAUAUAAUACCGCGCGGGUGGCCCCCCAGGGACCCUACAUAUAUAUUCGUAUAUACAUAUUCCGUGGUUCUUAAUUAUGCGAUUUUUUUAUUUUUUUUCAUUUUAAUUAGUUGUAGUCGUAUAAUAAUAUUAUGUAUAUAUUUAUGCAUUUUAAUAAUAAUGAUCGUCCGCGGUAACGUUUAAACUCUCGUAAUUAUGAUGAUUAUUUUAUAAUAAUAAUAAAUGGGUUUAUAUAAUAAUAUAAUAACGAUGAUAGCGACCGAUUAGCUCUAUUUAUUUUCGUAUUACGCAGAUUUUGUUAUAACGAAAUACAUACUAAUAUUAUAUAUAUAUAUAUAUAUAUAUGUAUAUAUAUAUAUAACUUGUUAUAACUCUCAUAUACUAGCGCACCGAUAAAAAAAAAUCGUUCUUUUCCCAUACAGCGUUUUAACGAUGGCGCCUCGAGUCGAUACAAUUUAUGACUUGUAGACUCUGCAGUAAGCGCCUAUAUGCGUAUGAAAUAUAUAAGGUAUACAAUUUGAACACGUAUAUCAUUCGUUUGAUUAUCGCCUGCCGCAACUUAAAAGGUCGUAUCUUUUUUCAACAUCGCCCACGAAAUAGGCCGUAUAUUUACUGAUCCAAAGAAUUAGAAAAAAUGAAAUAUGACCCUAAUCGUUGUGUCUAGUGAUGAGCUAACUAGGACUAAGGCGGUUUUGGUCUUGGUUACCAUCAACCUUGGUCUCGAUCGUGGUCUUGCAUUUUCAAUUCUUGGUCUUGUUGCAAGACUUACAGAGACUAUAAGACCCUUACAGUCUUGCAUUAUUUUGCACAAUUUACAAAACAAAUUUAAUUUUUAAAAAAAACCCCCUUGCGAUAUUUCGAAAAUUUUUUUUUUAGACAUUUUAAUGUAAUAAAUAAGCAGUUCUAAAAUUUUAUUUUACCAUUAUUUUUUUUCUCACUCAUUUUCGGUAGUAAAACGACUACCUACUUAUGGUUUUCAAACUGCCACCUAUAUUAAUAAAAUCAUAAAUAAAUCGAAUAUUAGUUUAAAUACGUGUUGAAAUUUUUAUUUUUGUCAACCCGUUGACGAGUUAUUCCACAUUUAAGUUUGGGUAGGGAGAGAUUAGUGGAGGAUCAUUUGUGUAGCGGCAUGGCGUGUGGCGUUUGAAUAGUGCUUUACGUUCCCCCUAUACCUAAAUUUAAAAGUUAAAUAGCUCGUCAAAAAAAUGAUGACAACACCAAUGCUCUGCCUGUGAUUCGUACAAAUCAACAAGGCGUAAUAUUAUGUACCAGUUUUAAAAUGGAUAUGGUAAAAUGUUCAUUGUGAUUAUAGUCUUUACUCUUCCGCCGAUUUUUGGCCGAUAACAAAACAGCCGCCGUUCUCCAACCCCCCUACUCACCAGACUUUUCUGUUUCCCAAAUUAAAAUCACCUUGAAAAUGAACCUUGAUACUUGAACUUCAAAAAGUUAGAGUUGGUAGUUGAUUAUAACGACAGUUUAAUAUGUUCGUGUUUUGUUGCCAAAAAUAUUUCUUUUUACCUAAUUUCGAUCAAUGUAAUGGUUCACGCAUAAUUUUAAAAGUUUGGUAUUUUUUUUGUACAAAAUUAUAAUUUCUUCUUCUUAUUUUUCUUAUUUUCAGUUUAUCGGUCCUCAAAGAACCUGCGUUAUCACAAACAUUCUUUACUAUUUCCCCUGUUCAUUGUCAAUUCCGCUGACGCAUCGUUUAUAUCCACUGUUCGAGUAUAUCAUUUUCUUUAGUUCACCUCGUUCGUUAUCUAUGUAGUAGUCUUUUCUUACAUUCUUAUCGUUUCAGAUAUGACCUUUUUGAUAUAAUAUCAUCUUCGGCUCUCCGUAUAUUUUUUUAAACCAUUUCACGUUUUCUAUCUAUAUGUUAAAACAUUAAAAUACACGUUAAACAUUCGAAAAUUUAUUUAAAUAUUGAUAGGAAAUUAACCACUUGUACCUACGGUUUUUAUUAAAAUCAUCCGUUUGGUUUUUAAAAAGAAAGGAAUGUUUAAACAACCAUAACAAAAUGCAAAAAAUGAACUAUACACUUUGCGACGAAAUCAUCACUCCAUCAUCCUGACAUCAUGAGACUUUUUAUUAUAAAUACAAUUUCCGUGUACUUAGUGGCUCAUAGUAUUGUUUUUGAAAUCUUAAAAAUAUAUUUUAUAUUCGACUCAAGUAAAUAAAAUGCAUUAUGUGUGAUUUAGAUUGAAAGAAAAAUCGUAUAGUAAUAGUAAUAAUAAUAAUAAUCGCUAUAUGACCUAAUCUCCGAUUAAAAAACCGGUCGAGGUGCCUUGCGAUGUCUCCUUGGAGCACGGGUCGUGAUCCCGACAAAAUAGUAUUUUUAUUAUAUUUUUGUUAAGAUUAAAUUACGCUCGUAAUGAAAAUUGUCAAUAUCGUGGUUCACCGCGGACAAUCGUUUGUAAAUAUUAUAGUUUUCAUUUUUUUUUUUUUUGUAUGAAGGCUUGCAUAUAAUCCAACACGAAAAUAAAAAUUUAAAAACUAAAGUCAAAAAGCCAAUUUGUGUGUUUAAUAAAUCAAGUUUUUACCUUAUGACUUGACCGAAAGGUUAAGAUAAAUCAAGAUAAAAUUACUAAAUAAAUACUUAUAGUUUUUGUAUUUUUAAGUGAAUGGAAGGGAGGGGAUAUCCCCUAACGUGCCACUUCGCAUGCCAUUGCACAGAGACGAUUGUCGCCACUAUAUAUAGGAAUACCUACACAAAGCAUGAGAAAAUACAAAACGAAUGGUUCGUUCGUUUUGUAUUUCUAUAUAUAACUAUAUAUACACAAAUGUCGUGCAGUUCAUUUGUUAUCGAUUAUUAAAUUAAUAUUUAUUAGCACCUUAUAAUAAACGAAUUAUUGUAAAAUUAAUCUUUAACUAGGACGUGUUGGGUAUAAACAAAGAAAGGCGAUUGUCGACUGCGUCCUCGGGGGUGGACCCGCUACCUCGGAGAGCGUAUACGCAGAUAUAGCACGCCGGUUUUUGCACUAUUAUACCCGCGCGGUGAAAGGUUUACGAAAAAAUUGCCCAUAAAUUAAAUACCUAAUUAUUCGAUAGAUUAAUUGCAUCGAUUGAGACGUAUGGUACGCGUAACCGAUCGUGUAUAUUAUCAUCAUAAUAUAAGCGUUUAUAAAAUAUACAAGGUGAUUCAUCAGGCUCGUAUCGUUUCUGCCAAAAAAUUUAGUUUUAGUUUUUAUACAAAAAUUAUAAAAAAAAAAAAAAUGAAACCAAAAUAAUAAAUUUGCAUGUAUAGUAGUCAUCGCGAUGAGAUUAGUAAAAGUUCGUAUAAAAUAUUUUUGUAAAGUCAAAAAAAAUUAACCUAAUCAAUAAUUUAGCAUGUAACAACAUCAUGUUUACGAUUUCGCGGUGAUACUCUUACACUAUAUAUUAUUACACUUCUAUGAAGAUAAAUAAAAUCUGUCAAGUACCUAUGUUUGAAGCGUUGCACUUUAUGGGAGUGAGUUGUGGACAUUUGAGAAGACUAAAGAAAAAUAGCUACACGCGUUCGAGGCGUGGAAGCUGCAGGAUAAUUCUUAAAACAAGUUAGGUGAAUCGUAUCGAAAACGAAUAUAGUCGUCCGUAGAGCGGGAGGGAAAAAAGUUUUCUUGAAACCCCGAGGAUUAGAAUGACUUAAAUAAAUGAAUACGCAGUUCGCCUCGGUAAUCUACUAUAGUGUGUACAAUAGAGGGAUUAGUAGAAGGAAAAAAUAUCGACGAGUUAAGGUGACCGUUCGAAAACUGCACGGGGGCCAAGUAGUCGCGAGGAUAAAGGUCGCGAAUUAAAAAGCGGAGAAGCGCGGGGAACUGAUUCCGACCAGCCCCCCCGGACGGUCGCCGCGAGAAGACGAUUAUAAUUAAUGUCGAAGUGUAUACUGCGAAAAUUUGAAAAAAAAAAAAUUCGAUAUUCGAAUAACAUACGGCGUACGAAAUCCGGUACGCCGUCGCGGAGCCGAUAUAAUAAACGCCCUGUAUGUUUAUACAUUAUUAAUAUCGUCUGCGGCCGUAGAUGACGUGUUAAACGUACACGCGUACGUUAUAUGUGUACGCGUGUUACUAAUAAUAUUUUGUCCGUUUAAUUCGUUUUCGUUUUUUUUUUUUUUUCUAACGACGUGGUGCGUAUAGGUGCAGGUAUACGUAUAGCAUGUUAUGUGUACACACGGGGCCCCCGUGACCCCGUGACUCCGCGGGGAAUCUCGUCGGGCGCGCGGAGAGGGUUGGCUGGCGUACGGUAACGAUAUUACGGUUAUGACCCUGCGGACGAGUGCGCGGCCGGUACGCGCCUGUGACGUUUCGACGAUGCGACCCGCGAUGUGCGCCGCACACUAUCGCGAGUGUAAUGCCAUGACGAUGCGUGCCGCGUUGUUGAAUGUUACGCGGAGCGGUCCGCGACGUCGGGAAUCGUACGGCGGCCGUACAACAAGAGACGACGACGACGACGACGACGGUGACGCCGCGCUGUCAGCCGCCGGCCCGCCGCAGCCCGUCGUAAAUAAUUAUUGAAAUCUCGCGCCCCGGCCGUGCGUACCGCCGCGGUGUACGAUACCUACCCGCGCGUCGAUCGGUACGCAUGUUUCCUAUACAUGUAUAUUGUAUAUACAUACACAGUUGUACACGAGUCGUCGUCGCGCCGUGUAAAAACAACUACACGUCCAAACCCGAACCGUAACCAUACGCGUGGUUACAAACGAGGUUACGAGGAAGCCACAAAGUCGCUAAAAAUCCGUAACCUUGUAACUUGUAACGAGUUACUUUUAGUUUCCUCGCAACUUACUUAUGACUUUUAACGAGUUAAUUUUUAUUUGUAUCAAAUAAGGUAGAUACACGUUUGUAGUUUUCGUCAUUUUGUCGCUGAAAUCUCGCGACUCGGAAUUUUUUUCCCCGAGAGUAUCGAAACGCGUAUCUAGCACGAUGGACAAAAAAAAAAAAAAAUAAGUUAAAAAAAUUUUCAGUAAUUCGUGAAAGUUUAUUAAAAAAUGGAUUAAAUUUUUGAUGAGUAACUAAUAACUAUAGUCACUUAAUGAGUUUCUUUUUUUAUUCAGGAACUUUUAACAUAACUAAGUUAUUCUUAAUUAAGCAAAAUAACUGUAACCUACACUAAAGUUGAUUAACUUGCCUAGCUUUGUACAGACUAAAGACGAGUAGAUCGGCCGAGUUGACAACCGCGUAGUGAGAAAAAUCGAAAUUAUUGGAUCAGAGUUCUUUUGUAACGAUAGUUAGGCGUAAUAUCCUAUGAGACGUAUCCAAUACUAAAACGGUACGACCGCACAGCAUUAAGAUGAGCCGAUCAGAAAAGAGACACGGCGAGUCGCAAACAACUAUUCCUUUAUAGAUUUCAAACUUGGCGGCCGUCAUAUAUAAUUAAUUUAUCGAAUUAUGAAUUUAAACAUCUUAUCGCUCUGGGAGAAAUGGGUAUCAUCUUUUCACCGGUAUUCGAGAACGAGCACUGAUAACGCGGUUGAAAAAAGUUGUAGACAUAUCGUGGGAGUACGGGAUGAGCCUUUUCUUCGUGAUCCCCGGCGCCGUCUUAUAGCGGAUACUUUUGGAACUAGUUCUAAAAAUAACCUAACCGUUAACAGUGUCGGGAGGGGCUUAUAUAAAGAAAAAAUAACCCGCGUUCUUCGCCCUACCAAUAUACCUUUUGUGGCUAGUCCGCCACGUCCCUCCUUCCCCGUCGUGUAUUAUAAAGAUGUCUAAGAAUAAUAUGUAUAAAAAAAAUAACUAUUCCGGAUUAUAAUUGUAUUUUCAGAACGUAACAUCGGACGCUUUUUUAAACGAUUAUAAAUUAUAAACAUAAAAAAAAAAAAACGGUUUUCGUUAGUAUUUUUCUGGUUUAUGCCCCAAUAUAACGCAACGAUAACUGUAAGCACGCGCGCCGACGAAAGGUUUGCGAUAUAUUUUAAGACCUAUACCUAUAUCGUUUGCAAUAUAUAAUAUAGUCGUAGUUAAUCCGACGUUUAUAAUUUGUAAUUGACACUUUGUAUUAAAAAAAAAAAAAUUAAAAAAAAACAUAUAUGUAUAUAUAGUUAGAAAUAAUUUAUGAUAAUAUUAUUAUUAUAAUUUGCAUUUAUUGAUUAUAAUAUGUAUAAUACUUGCGUAUAUUAUAAUAUCUCCCAUCGUGAAUGGCAGCAUGAUAUUAUAUCAACGCAAUCAAGUCGUCCACAUAUUAUUAUUUGUUAUUAUUAGUUAUAUAUAUUUUUUUUUUCUCGGAAUAUUUAUAUACCCAUAAAUGUUUGAAAUAUCGUUUAAACAGUGAAUAUCGAGUUAGGCACGUUAUCAAAAAGUCGCAUACGUAACGCGUGUUGAACGCACGACGUGCGUAUAAUAUAAUAGUCACAGGUACUAUCUAACCUAACCUAACCUGUUUGUAAAAAUAUUAUAUAUUUCAAUCUGUACGCACGCUGCAUUAUAAUAAGUGUAUGCAAAUUAACUAUAAAUAUUGAAAUAGACAGAGUGAAAUUUUAAUGGAACGUUUUAGAUUUUUCACCGUGGUUGUAUAUGCGCGCCAUUAUUGAUAUUUACCAUAGAACUGCAACCGAUAUUCAACUAGGGUGAUUAUAGCGUCCUCGGUAUGUAAAAUGCUAUAAUAUUUGUUCAUACGCCUACCUAUAAUAAUUAAAAUUGAAUAUAAAAAAAAAAUAAUAAUUUCAACUGCGUGCGCGUAUUGUGUGCGAUUGUUUCUAUAAUAGUGUUUCAAAAAAAUAUUUUAUUUCAUAGCAGUAUUGGUUAACGAUUUUUGUGGUUCGUACAAAAACGAUAUGUAAUAAAAUACACGUACACACACACAAAUUUUUAUUAUGCAUAUUGUAUAUAUUAUUUGGUUUAAUGCUCCGGGGCUUUAUUAUUUAAACCACCCAAAUGUCUGUAUAAACAUACUUAACAGCGUACUUACAUUUCUUACAUACUAUAGAGAUCAUACUCGUAUGCAGUAUACAUAUAUAUAUGUUACAGUUAAUGCCGUUAUAAUUAUACUUUAACCUAUAUUGUGCUGUUCAUUUUAAUAUUUGAGUGUAUUGGCCUAUCAACUAACUUAAUGGUAUACAUGUUUUUUUGUGUUUGUACGUAGGUUUUUUUCUCGAUAUUUUAAUUUUUAAUCUAGAUUCGACGGUUUUGAAAUUUUCAUAUUUCACUUGUUUGUAACUCACUUGAAAAUUAAAACACCGAGAAAAAAUCAAUGUAUGAAAAUUGACAAUGUUCUUACAUUUAAGUUAGUUGAUGAUAGGCUUAUACACUCUAAAAUCAAAACUAACAGCACAAAAUCGGUUUUUAUGUACAAAAAGUAUAAAUAUAUUGACAUUACCUACCGAUUUUACAAUAUUAACCCUAACAUGUAUAUAUAAUUUACACGUCGACGAAGUCGCACUUCCAAUGAACUGCAUUUCUACCCUUAAUUUGUAAUAGUAAACUGAAACGUAUCGUUUCAAAAUCUUGAGACUUCUAAUUUCCUAAGAGCUGUCUAAUUAAUUGUGCGGCCACGAUUAUCUAUCCUCGAGAAAACCUUUGAAUUUCGUUUGCUACUGUAGGCGGUAUCGUACCGUGGUGAAUUUCGUCGUUUCUUUCGAACCGGUAAGCUACAGUUGGAUGGUUCAAAGAGAAAUGUGUUUUGACAGAGUUGUAAUACAUAAAUUUCAGACUUACUUGCAAAACUCUACUGUCGAAUGUUAUAGGUCCGAAUAGGUUUUAUAAUCACUACGUAUAGUAGACGUUUGUUUUCUACAUUCAACUCGGAUCGGGGUCCGACUGACCAAUAGACUAUUAGAGUCUCCACAAAAAUGUAUAAAAAUAUACUUUUGUAUAUUUUAUUGUUUUGACGUUUUGAUUUUGUGUGUGGAACACGCAGUGAAGCUGCUCCAUUGCCGUUGUACUCUGUUGACACUAUACUCGCAUUGUGCAUGGUCAAAACGAAAUUAUGAUAAAAACAAUUUUUUUAACGACGACAUGUAUAAUAACAACACGUGUAGAAAACGUAUUAAUGAGUUCGAGUACCUAUAAUACAGGUAAUUUAUUUAUAAUAGACCGUAUAUUAAAAAUGUGCAGAGUUACCUGCAUAUACUGCAGGUCACGACAUUUGACGGUAUAAUAAUAUAAUGUAACGUUAUUGCUCGUAAUUAUGGGUAAUUUUUUAAUUUAAUUUUAAACGGAUUUAAAACGUAUUUAUUUCUCUUUUUUUUUUACAUAUGAGUAAUGAUGAUGACACGUUGACACUACUUACGCGUGCUCGUAAUGACUCGUAAAUUGUUUUUUUUUUAAGUCGAAAACGUAUUCGUAUACACUAUAUAUAUAUGAUACGACUUAUCAUAUAACCGAAUAAUUAAUCAUCUUCGCAAAAGAUUAUCGUUCUCGAGCACACACCGCCGACACCGGUCAGGUCUCGGUUGAAUUUUCACGAACGGCAUCGCCGCGUGUAACUAUAGAAAAUUUAUUACCACCGCGUAUAGUAUUAUUAUAAUAUUUGUUUGGCCGAUUGAAAAUUACGGGUUUUUUUUUUUUUGCUUUCUAUAAUUUGCUAGUCAUAAUAACUCAAAUGCAGCCUGUUAUCGCCGUGCAGUAUUCGCGUAUAGUAUAAGUAGGUACAUCAAAGUUAUUAUAUUAUAAUAACAACGGAUAGGUGCGUCUUGAAUUAUGAUCGAGUUAUCAUACUUGUAAAAAAAAAAAAAAAAAUGUACUGCAAGCGUACCCAUGUACAAAGUGCGUAUACCUACUUUUAAAGUUGAGUACAGUGUUUAACUAUAACGUUUGUUUUGCGUUUGUGCGGAUAUUCUGCACUAUAAUAUGAUGGCACGCGCGAUAAAUCCUUCGGAACGGUUUUUUAAACGAUUAUGAUUUAUUGGCAGGACACACGUUGUUAUUAGACAGAUAUACGCGACGAGGGAGGGGAUGGGUGGUUUCUGUAGACUCUAGAGCGUUUAAUUAAUCCGUAUAAACGUGCAACGUAACAUAUUAUCAGCUAUAUGAAUUAUGAAUUUAAGUAUAUAUUAUUAUUUUUUUUUUAGAUUCUGAGCGAAGCGAGGAAUGUGUUUUACUCUACUCGGAUGUGUUAGUUUUUUUUUUUAAAUUUUUUCUUUUUGUUCCCUGUAAACAACAUCUAUAACAAAUCUCAAUUCAAAUAAAAUUCGUGUUGAUUUUUACACUAGCACCGGUAGUACGAAAUAAAUAAAACAAUUUCGAAACAAAUUUUGGAUUAGAAAAAUACUUCAAUUUUUCCACGCAGUACUUAUAUCUCAGUAGAUGCGGAAUUUCGGUCCGGGCGGUACCUAUUUAAUAAUUUUAAACAUCAUUUGUCGAAAUGUUCAGCGGUUCACUUCUUAUGCCAUUUGUUUUGUUGUCGUUUGAUUUUUGUUGGGUUAUCUUAACAACAUUAAAGAGUGAAACACGACUGAUAAAACUCCGCUCAGAAUCGUUUUUUCGUUUACAAUGAUUCAUCGUUGCAUAUGCAGUAUAAUAUAAACUAUAUAUUAUCUGUAUAUUAUAUAUAAUCUAACAUCUUUCUAACUAUACCUACUUACAACAGUAACCUACCCGCGUGUGAUCUGCAGUAUCGACUUUUUUUUAUUUAUGUAAUCAUUGAUGUAAUUAUUGUAUUAUAAAACGCUUAAAAAUUAUUAGGCCCGUCGACUCACACGCAUCCCCGAUUUAUUACAUACGGUUUUUCGUUAUCCGUCUGCGCGCGGUAAUCGCCUAAUUGUAUAUUAGUCUCGUGCUCAUUUGUAAUAUAUGUAUAUAAAAUAUUAUUCUCGAACGACGAGAACGAGUGUUUAAUUUAUUAUAAUAAUUAAUAUAAAAUAUAUAUUCCUCUAAUAGACGUAGAGAUAUUUGUUGUUUUCGGGUGAGGAGUGGGAGUGGUUGGGGGGGAGUUGAGCGAGACCCCCCAAGCAACAACCUAGUUACGUUAUAAGGUAUACAUACCUGUACGUUAUGGCGUUGUAUUAUAGCUGUUAGAACUGUGGCGGCUUCUAAAAAAAAAAAAAAAAAACAUUCGAAACUUAAAUCGAGGAUGAUUGCAUAAUGCAUAGGUAAUGUAUAACACGGGAUAAAACAAUAAAUUAUUUCGCGUGCGUACAGUGUGAUUAUUGUAGUACUAUACAUGUAUAUAGACGAAAAUCUUGUAAAUCGGUUUCGUAAGAAAUUAAUCAUUUUGCGUUACUGUAUCCGGCGGAAAAUUGUUUUGACCGUACGAUUAUUGAACAACAAUGUGUGCUUUCGAUUUGCGAAAAAACCUUUUCGGACAAAAAGAAAACACUAUAAUCGAAACACCUCAUUUACCUCAUUUAGCCAUCAUAGCUAUUUUAAAUUUAAAUUUAAAGUUAGUAUGCCAACUAUUCAAAAUGAAACAUAUGACGCUCCCAACGAGCGUUUUCGAACGAUGUUCUAUCGAAAUGGUAAUAUACAUCGACAAAAAUUAACAGUUAGAUAAUAUUUAUUAUUUUUGGAUCUUGUUUCGAAAUUCAACGUUGCCGACAAAAUUUCUAUCGGCCCAGCGUGUUUAAUUUUACCGAUUUAUCCGAUUGAUAUUUCUAUUGUCAAUUCUUAAUGGCUAAGAUUUAAGUUUAUUUUAAAUUUAAUGUUGUAAUCAUCACGAUCAUGUUCCGACGCAAUCUAUAUAUAUUUCGCUAUCCAACAACUUUCCAUACGGAUCCGUUGUUUAAUUGAAUUUCGGAAGAGAAGGUAAGAUUAAAUCGCGUAUACCAGGUAUACGUCUUGUUUUUUUUUUUCAAUUGGGGCAAGUAUACCUUGGUUAUCUUUUAGUGAUGCGCAUACACUGCAAGUACACAAUAUUCGUGAGUUGGCAUAAACAAUUUGUGUAAUUGUAAAUUACGAAUACCAGAAUAUUUCCGCCGAAAACAAUUGUAGAGUUAGAGACAUUCCGGAAAACAGUAGGUAUAUAUUAUAAUAUAUAUACGUAUUGUUUUUUUUUUUUUUUUUUUUUUUUUUUUUUUUUUUUUUUAUCAGCGUCUUUUUCCGGCACUGUAGAUCUGCUGCAGCCUUAUUAUAAUAUUGUUGGAUAGUUAGUUUGUCAACUCGCGGGGAGACGGUAGCGAUAACGAUCGCGAAAAAAAAAAUUGAUUCGAUACUUGCGCAUUAAACGUUCGACAUAAACUUUAACGCGACCGUACUAUUUUUUUUUUCUCGCAUAUUUUUGCAUAACUAAAAUCGAAUCGACGGCGGCGGUGGCGGUCAUGAUGUUGUUGUUUCCCUCGUCGCCGCAGCCGCCGACGUCGACGUUACGGGACACAUUGUGUGUAUGUAUGUGUACGUUUAUAUAAAUAUAUAAGUGUUGUUCGUUUUCCGUCCUGACGACAAUCGUCGUCGUCGCCGCAGCCCCAAUUGUGUACAUACCAUUGUAAAAUCGACUUAAAUUUGCAUAAUAUUCAAUAUUCGUCAUUAAUGGGAAAUUAUUAUAUUAUUAUAAUAUUAUCAUUUUACGCACCACCCCCCCCCUUCCCCCUCGGUUGUAUCGGUUGGUCGAAAAAUAAUAUGCUGGCUGCCCUACGAAGAUAUACCCCUUGAAUAUUCCCGGAGAUAAUAAAGAUAAUCAAAUUUUUGAUUUUUGUUUUGUACUACCCACAGGGAUGAGAAUUACAAAAAUGUGAUUCAAAUAUUAACAUUUCUAGUUUUCAUCUCUGUGUAUACAACGUUCUCAGACCCACGAGAGAAUACGCCUUUCCUCUCCCCCCUCUCGGUGUGUGUAUACAAACGUAUAUAGCGUACCUAUAUGUGGUACACACACCCACGAUCCACAUCAUUAUUUUUGAUAAAAUUAUAUUUUUGUCGAAUUAACUUGGUCUAACUCUACCACUCUCGCGAUUAAUGGUAAUAAAAUUACUGAUAAGCAUGAAAAUUUGAUUGCGGUAACCGUUUGUUUUUGAGUUUUUUUAAAUACUAUAUGAUAUAAAAAUGAUGUUUUUUCAAACGCAAUUACAGUUUAAAAUUAAGCAGGACUUACUUUGCGUCAAGAUUAGGUCACUGCCACAGGUGAAAAGUCGAGUAGGUGUAUAAGAUUAUUAUAUUGGAUAACUGGGUUUGUAAAUUGAACGCAGCAAUAAAUCAUUACAACCAAAAACAGAUUCUGAUCGGUAUUCGCUGUAAACUGGCAAGGUUAUAUUAUAGUGUUUCUUUCCCUUUAAAUUAAACUAAGAUAAUCCAGAAAUAAACGAAAACAAAACUAUUGUAUCGUCAUUUGUUGUGGGUGUUUUACAUUUUUUAGUAAAACUGUCCGGAAUCUAAAAAAAAAUAUUCCAAUGAAAUAGUAUUGCGGCGCGCGAAAUUCGCAUCUUUUAAAGAACGACGUGAUUAAUUCGACGCAUUUUCAACCGAGAUCAACAAAUUUUAUAGUAAAAAAACCAUAAUAUGUAUUACUUUUCCAAUGGUCAUUCAUGCGUGUAUUAUAUAAGAUUCGUUUCGUUGUUUUACUUUUUUAUAAGCUGCGGUUUAAGAAAUACGGUCCAUUAUAAAAUGAAAAGCAUUUAAUAAUUUUUCGCGCGUUUUCUGUGAUAUUCAUGUCUCAUAUUUUCCCCAUCAUUUUUUCGCCCCCAGACACAUUCAAAUCCCGACCACAAUCGUUAUUAUUAAAUUAUUAAAUUAUUAUUGGUGUUUCGUCUGCCGUCGUAUAAUACACACUAUAUGUACGCUCAUAAUAAUAGUAAUAAUAAUAAUAAUAAUAAUGUAGGUGUACUGUUAUCGUCUUCGUCGUCGUCGUUGUGAUUCUGUACACACACACACACACACACAUACACACUGAAAUGUAAGCAUGUAGGUACACUUACUGUAGUGGGUUUUGUGCUGCUGCAGAGACUCGCGGGCCUGAGUGUGUAUACGGACUCUCGAUAAGUUCUCAUUAGCGAGGGACAACGUGCCCGGUGCGUAUAUAUACGUAUACGCGUAUGUAUACACUAUAGGUACAUAUUUAUAUAUACAUAUAUAUAUAUAUAUUUAUAGACACACACACACACACACACACACAAUAUAUCAUUUUAUCAGUGCGAAUAAAACCGGGUAUUAUUUAAAUAAUUCGAUGUGUGCGCCUCCGCCGCGAAUGGAAGAGUAAGAAAAAAAAAUAAAAACUCCCCCCGCGCCAGUGCAGUGCAGACCGGAGGCCCGGCCCUCGGGUUAAUUAAGUCUUAUUUAUGCGGGGACGUUUGCCGAUGUUCCGCGCAGAUAGUGCGGCCGGGUUAUCCGACGACGACGACGACGACGAGAGCGCCUCCGUGUGCGUCUAUAUAUUUAUAUAUAUAUAUAUAUAAUAUACCUUCUAUAAUACGCUCGUGUAGUAUUUUUUUUUUUUCUACAUUUUUUUUGCCUUUUUUUUUACACACACACACACACUACUACGAGUUUUCGCUGUUUUAAUAUAUAUACGUUCGUCGCUACUGGAAGUAUUUUUUCUUGUAACGCUACUUGUUGUAUUAUAACGUGUGUAUAUUAUAUGUUAGGCGCGCGCGCGCGCGCGCUCGCCUGUAAUAUACAAAACGGAUAAUAUAUAGGGAAGAAGAAUAUAUAUAUAUAUAUGUAUGAAAAAUCGACGACUAGUUUUUUUUUAAAAUAUAUACUUUUUUUUAUUCUUCUUAGGCGUCGUCGUCGCGCUACGUCGCAUUAUGUACGCACAAUCGCAGCGUACACUAUGCAUACUAUACACACACACACACACACACACACACAAGCACUGCACCGGUAUUAUUAUUGGUGCUCGCGACAGAUAAUCUUCUUCGGGUUCGCCCGACGACGACGACGUAGCGGCGUAUAAUAAAUCUACUGCCGCCGCCGCCGCCGCCGAGAUUACUCGACGACGGUAUUAUCGUGCACUAUUUACUCGUUUGUAUUAUAAUACCAAUUAUCGCGUCGUGAAAAAGUCGCUUUUAAAAAUACCGAAAAUCGGUACGGAAUCCGGACGUAAAUAUCCGGGCGCCCGUGUUUCGGCGAUACGGUUUUUAGCGACCCGGUUAUAAUAUACCGUGUGUGUUCCUAAAUUCAGCAGAUCGGCCAGCUGUUAAAUUUCACUGUACCUAAACUCGGCUGCUGACCAAUCCGUCGGUGAGGAAAUGAUCAAUCGGUUUGUUUUAUCAGCGAUCCGAUAUUUUGUGGAUGGAGUAGUGUUUAACCAGGUGGAUUUGAUAAACAUUUUACGCGCCAAUAUUAAAACUAGUUUACUAACCUAUAUUUGACAAACAAAAAAAAAUAUUUUGUGUACUUGUGUUAAAAUGUAUUGUCUAAUGUGCUAACGUGUAUCCAUAUUCCAAUUCCAACACUCGACUUGUAUAAUGGAAAUACGGUUUUUGUGUACUGGAAAUACUUUUAUAAAACAUUUAGAUACUGUCUCGAUUUGUAUACCUUGUAAUCAAAUGUUUUAUACUUAGAUCUCGAUGAUAAUAAUGAAAAAUAAUAAUAAAAUAUUGGUCAUUAUGGCCUAUUGGUUACCUUAAAUAAUUGUAUUAACCAAUAUGUUUCAACUGAAUAGCAAAAAUAGUGUUCCUAAACUCUAUCAAUCUGCUGAACAAUCCGUUGGAUUAGCAGAUUGAUUUAGGAACACACAAAUUCUGUAGUCCACGGACAAAUUGAUUUGGCGAUAUCGUUUAUUUCGAUAAUUAUUGUUAGAUAACUAAACGCUGUUCGGCAGCUGGGUUGCCGGAAUAUGCAAACUGCAUUUACUGUAUUUUCGGUGGUCACCGUGUAUAACUACUGCGGUAUCAUAUCAUAACUUUUUCCAUCAAAAGUCACCGAUGACACCGCUGAUAAUAUUAUGUGAGCGCCUAGAGCACAACGGGUAUAAAUGAAAUUUUAUUGAUUCCGAGAAAAUCCAGUUUAAAGUUAUUUGUACAUAAUAUUAUUAUCAUAGCAUAUUAUCGUGUGUAUCAUAACUGUUCUUAUAUUCGAAUGAUAAAAACAAUUGUUAGCCACUUGGCAGUAAAAAGACCUAAGCGUUGUAUUGAAAGCUGUUCUGGACCCUUGUACCUAUUUACUUCUAAUCUGUAGUAUUAUGCCAUUUUCAUUUGGAGACUUUUAAUGAGAUCUAGUAUUUGAUACUAGAUCGCAGCUCAUGGCGAAUAAUUUUCUUAUAUUUAUUUACCCCAAAUAAAAUGGAAUAUUUUUAGUUCAGCUGUGCUCUUAACUCAGAUUUUUUUAAACAAUUUCACUUAUGGUAUACCCCUUGUGUUCUAGGCGUCUCAUAUAUCUGUGGCUUGGUGCAAGAAUGAGCCAACGUUACAUUUUAUGAUUGUCGGUAAAUGGGCUUUAAAAUUUUAAUUUUUUAGAGGGCUCUGUGUAUUUUAUUAAAUAUACAUGUUUGUAUAAUUUUUAAUUUGUACAACAGUUAAAAAAUAAUUUUGUAGAAUAUCAAAAAUUGUGCCCUUUUUUUUGACCGAUUUGUUCACUAAAUUGACAUUGGCCUUUCUCGCGCCGAACUACAUACAUUAUAUAUUAUCGCUUAUCAGUGUUCAAAAGGUCGUUCGAAUGGAACUAUGGAUUUUUUAAUUGUUUUUAUACGACGCCCAUUACUUCAUAUUUGAUAUUUAUCUGCGAUGGUAAUUUAACCAUAAAUACCGAAAUUGACGUUUCUUUAUUAUAUGUUGUUAUGAAAGUGUUACCUCUGUUGACACUACCACUGAUGCAAACUGAUUAUGACAAAACAAUUAUGGGAACAUAAUAUGGAUACUAUUGUUCUAUAUUACUGCCAUGACUGCACUUUCAUAUAUGUUUCUAUCGAAAUUCUCUGUAAUACCACAACGUCUGUUAUAAUAUUUGCUGUAAUAUUAACACGUCUACUAUACUGUCAACAGAUGAAUGCUGCAUUUCGUGUGAUAGUUAACUGUCGUACACUAUCACAGUAAUCAACAUCAUCGUGUGUACUUGUAGGCUUAACACACAUUUAAAAUAUUUAUUUACGCGUAAUGCAUCUAUGUCAAAUAAAAGUAGUUUACGAGUUACUAGGAUAUUUUCGUUUCGGAAUGUAAGCAGAGGAGAGUUCACUUUUGUCAAACGUAUUUAUAGGUACCUAGUAUAAUAUUAUAUAUUAUUAUAAUUAAGGGUUUCUAAUUGGAAAUGUGAAUUAGUGUUCUGGGUUACGCCCAUUUUCAGACACACCGGAACACCCACAAAAUACGGCCUUGUAUUUAUUAUUAUUAUUAUUAUUAUACAGCUGUUUGUCGGACACUUAUAUCCGUUUCAGACGUCGGUAGAUUUUCGUUUUAUUAUUAUUAUUAUUGUUUAGGUAAAUGACAUUACUAUACAUUAUUAUAAUAUGUUUUUAACGCUUUUUUCCCGUACGUGUUUUCUCGUGUGUAUUUUAAAUACUCUCAAACAUGAUAUCAUGAGUAGGUAUAUUAAAUAUAGGAUAAAUGGUAGGUAUUUUAUAAAAAAAACAUUUCUGCCGUCGAACAUUCCUCCUGGAAAUAAUUCAAUGAUAAAAAAAAAAAAAAAAAAAAACGGUUAUUCCAACGAGUAGAUAUUAAUUGUUUGAUACGUAUAAAUAUAUAUAUAUAUAUAUAUAUAUAUAUGUAUACGGAAAAGACCGUCGCGUCAUCGUGGUGAAGUGCAUAAUUGCACUGAGGCGGGGGAGUGUGCAUGCGUACGUGAUCCGUUCGGAAUUAUAUAGGUACGCUUUAAAUUAAUAUUUCCGUAAGAAACUAACGCCCGUGUGAACAACAUAUUAUAAUAUUAAUAAUAGUAUAGUAACGAUACAUCGUAAAAUAUAGACGGGUCCGUAUUAUUAUUGUUCGAUCUGCCGAUUAUACUGUUGAAAAAUAAAAAAAAAAAACCGCCGAAGAGUUAUUACUUUGUUAAACGAUUAUUAAACACAAUAUUACACGUGCGGUGUGUAUUAUAUGGUAAUAUUGUAUUAGCGCGCUCGAUGAAUUCGAUUUUCGUUUUAAUCAGAUUACCGCGCGGUAACACAUUACAAUAAUAAAAUACACGACCUUGGGCCGAAAAGGGCCGAACUCGUAUCUCGGUGAAAACGGGGUGUAGGGGUUGCAUACCUAGUAACGUAACUUUGGACGUAUUUUCUCCUGCGGUGCCAGAGAUGGGCGUGAUUCGACAACUUAAAUCAAGAGAAAUAAAUAUACCGAAGUCGAAAACACAAAAAUAUACUGUGACGCCAUUUCAAAAUUGACCAGUCUAACUGCAUUUGAAUGCAGUCACGAUUCAAGAAACCGAGUUUAACUCGCCAAGGUCCGGAUAAAUAUCCAAGGGCUGGGCGUAUCUAAUGUCCUUAUUAAUUUCCGAAAGUUUUUCUUGAAAAUUAAAAAACUCGACAGCAAUUAAUGACAACGGUAUAUUUAGCUUUCGUUGAUUUGUGAGUUAUUUUAUGGCCUUACAAAAUGGAGGGGGAAAGGGGAAACGCGACUGGCCGAUUUACCGAGUUCCACUAUCACAAUAAUUUUUUAUUUUUAUUGCGAUGCUUUAUUGUUAAUUCCAAUAUGUAAACUAAAAAUAUUAACCUAAUUUAUAUUAUACGGUUUUUUAAGACACAUAUAAAAGUGGUGGCCUACCUCGGUAUAAAGUAUGACCGCGGACGGAACGGCCGAAUACAUUUUGGAGUUCUUGUUCCGAAUUCGUUCAAACCAAUAUUAAACUUACCUACCAUUCCAUAACCGUGUCGUAUAUAAUGUGUAGGUACAUUAUUGUUGUUAUUGUUAUUGUGCGGUAAUAACAUCAUGACUUCAAAAUCCCGCGUCCUUCUUUUUCGACGCCAUCUUCAGUUUUAUUCUCACGCUCGAUAUAAUACGGUUUUGUACGUUAGUCUUUCACGAUGUCUUACACCAUCGCGCAACAGUAAGUUUCGCGAUUCAUUCAAGUUGGCGACAUCGUUUUUUCUCCAAGAGAUUUGUUAGAUUGUCCCGGGCUAUGUGUACGGUACAUAUUGCACUUUGUUGUGAACAGCUCCGCGAGAUAAAAUCUGCAUGUAUAAUUGUAUAGUAUUUAGCGAAGUAAAGUGGGCUGUGCAACCAUAGCCCUAAAAUCAAAUAUAAAUCGUCGCCUCGUCACGAAAAUGUAAACGCCCUGAAUCUCACAUAUCCCCCACACCCCAAUUAAUCGAAACCCUUUCUGUUGUUACUAUUUUAAUACAAUUAAAACGGAUUCUACAAACAGUACUAAUGUAAUGGACACGUAAUACUAUAAUAUAAUAUAAUAUAGUCAUCUUAUUUUAAGUCUUACUUAGAUGAGACUUAACUGUGAGAAGAACAUAAUAAAACUAAUUUUUAUUGCUUGUCCUUUGGGCUGCUACUUGCUUUAAGGAGACCCCUGUAAAAUCUCGAUUUGCUAACUUGCCCGCUAGUUGCGCCAUCUCCACGGAUGUAUGGGCAAUUUUCGGAAAUUAUUUUUCGACUAAGUGUCUACUAUACUCGUAGGUAAAUUAAUUGUAAAAUUACCGAGUUCUUACCUUACAUCGAAUUUGGAGUCCCGGUGAUUAGCAAAAAUAAACUCUACUUUAUAUUAAUAUUUAUUUGUUAACUUCAGUGUUUUCUACUUUCUCUUUUAUCCAUAUAACAUACAUGCAUUUUCAUUAAAUUCUUUAUACAUUUUUAAAUUUUUUUAUGAGAAAACAUUCUAUAAACAGCCGGAGUAUUAGUUAAUUAAAACACAUUCUGGCGUUGUCGAUUACGAUUUCCGUAAACCCGUUGACGAGAUAUUUCACUUUUAAGUUUGGACAAGGGCUGAGUGCAGCGGAACAUCGUUCGUGCGGCGGCACAGCGCGCGCGCGACGUUUGUACAGCGUUCCGCUACUCCGGCCCUACCGUUUCGGCCCCGGAAACAACGACAACGCGACGUUCAAGGGUAUAUUUCAAUUGCGAAAAGUUUUUACGCGAGCCGUUUUUUGACACGCAUUCCGCAGGACCCCGUAUACGUAUUAUUGUAGUCAUCCGUCCGUAUACUUGUACGGCGGUGAGUUCGGAGAGUUUCAAGCGCGGGGGAUUUACAUUUAGUGUUAAUACCACAAUAAUAUUAUAUACCGCGAGUCGUAGGCGCGUGAAUUAGCCCGAUUUCUGUAUAAUGUUUACGGGCGAUGUGUAAAACCGAUCGGCGCUGUAAUAUAGUAACGCGCGCUUACUCCGACUGCUCACCGAACGCCGACGGAUUUACGGGCGCGACCCGUGCGCCCGACUGUUUCCACCGCCCACGACCGUUCGUAAAUUUAUGAAACACAAUCGGUCGCGUUUGAUAUUAUAAUGCGCAACUUUCAAAGUUCCUUGAUUUCUCGAAUUGAAUUAACGAGACCCAUUUUGACGCGUUGAACGGUGAUAAACGCGUUUUAAACUGGUUUUUUUUUAAUUUAUCAUUAUUAUUGUUUGUUAUUAUACGCUGUACACAAAAACGUUUAACCACUGUUCCGUGCGUUUGAUAUUAUGUUUUUUUUUAUUUAUUUAUUUUUUUCACCAGGCGUCUAUUAAUUUUUCCUUUUUUCUGUUGUGGUAAAUAAACAAAAACGAGCUGCUAUAUCUUUGGGGUAGAGAUCUGGUGUACCACUGUACCCGAUUUGCGCACACAAUCCGUUCCGCUGCAGUAUACGCGUUUUGAAUGUUAUCAUCAAAGCGAAUUUUACAGUAAAAUAAAACAAAAAACCAAAAAUCGUAACAAUUCGUGCAAAACUGCUGACACUCAGACCCACACAAAUCACAAAGUACUUAUGUACGAUGACAUACUACUUCGGCGGUGUAUAACAAAAAUCAAGACGAAUGAUAAUAAUUUGUAUUUAUACUUUAAUAUACUACUCGGAAUAAAUAUUUAUAUCUAUACAUUGAACCAAAUGAGAUAACACUGUCCAUCUAGUCAGUAUUUACUGCUGAAAUACACAAAUUUAUAGUGAAAAAUUAAAAAAUUACGUCAUAUUAUACGAGUAUAGCCAUUAUGAUUAUAGGUUAGGUUGCGUGUACAAAAAGAAAAAAAAAACCUAGUUUAAAAUUCUGUAAUAUUGGGUAUUAAAAAUAAUGAAAUUAAGAAAAUGAAAAAAAAAAAAUCCGUAUUAUUAUACUCGUGGAUAAUUAAAUAUUUAUUAACUAUCGUGUAUAUGCAAGGAGUUCAAUUUAAGUUUCUGAUUUUUAAUUAUCAUAUCAACCCGAAUUUUUCGUAACAUUUAUAAUUAUAUAAUCGUAUGUAUACUGUGCACUGAAUAUACGUAUUUUAUUAAUAUAUAAAUUCCAGUUUGCUAUGCAGUACGACUGUCCUGAACGAUAAAACGUUCGUUCCCUCCCUCUCCUCUCCCCUCGUGACUUGAAGUGUUUAUAUACGUAUUUAUUAAUUUUUAUUAUAACAACAUAAUAAUUAUUUUUUUUUUUUUAAAUUAAAUCUGUUGUGCGGCGUUGUGUAAAAAGUUGUAAUAAUUUACGAUGAUAAAUUAAUAUUGCAGUAUAUUUCUAUAUAAUAGGUAAUAUAAGGUACCUACUUGUUAUUAUUAAUUUUUUGUACUAAUUUUUUUUUUCCAUAUCUCUACACAGCUGGGAGAAAAAACAUACUAUGGAUAUUAUCGCCGACAGCCGUGUAAUAAUUUCAAUAGUUUUAUAUUAAUGUCAUCGACGAUACACUUGGCGGAUACGAGUUUUACGUUUCAUAGGUUUUCUUAUAUUAUUCGGUGCGUUCGCGUUUGUAGAUACUACAGAACUAAGUAUUUUAGCCGGAUGUUCUCCUGCACGGUUUUGCCCGUGUCCAUAUUAAACGAAAAAAAUUUAAUUUAAUUUAAAAAAAUAUUAACUGUUUUCCAGUGAUUCCUCACCGUUGAAUGUUGAAUAAAUCCUUUAUAAAUGAUUGCCUUCGAGCCCCCAACCCCUCUAUUUGUGCCUACGAACUAUAUUAUGCUACGAACGAGGUCAAGAAAUCUCAAGAAAUAUGUGUCCAACAUUUUGGCGUUCAUUGGUUCGGUAGGUUUCAAGUCUAUAAAUCACGAACGACCAUUAAUUUCUAAAUUCCAAAAAAUUAUAGUAGGUAUUAUUCGUAACAAUUUUUUAAAAAUUAAAUCCAAUGUGCGGCGUUAUGUAAAAGUUCUAAUAAUCAGUUUAAUAUUUUAUAGGUUUAUACAGUGUGUUCACAUUUUUCUAUAACACCAAAUUUUCCAUGCAGAUUAUUCCGAAUUUUCAUUCUAUUUUUAGGAAGCAAUAAGGAGCACUAAAUACCCUUUCGGUUUGUACAUACGCAAUACAAAUUCAAUUGUUUGUUUAUAAGAGCCUUUUGGUACUAGAUUCGAAUAAGCUUAAUUUUUUUUUUUUUUUAUGCAACUACAAUUGCAAAUAUGCAAAUAAAAUUCCUUUAAUCUUACAAAUUACUUGUGAUUUUCCAUAGAUUUUUCAAAAAUGUCAGUAAAUUUUCUUGCAUUUUGAUUUUUUUUUUUUGAAAAAUCAAGUGUCAAAAGUAGGUAAUAGCAUUAAAAAAAAAAAAAUUUAUAUUGCUUAUUUUGUGUACCGAAAAUGUUACACAUUUGACAUUUACCCUAAAGUGUGUGUUUCAAUUUUCCCGAAAACGAAAUUUAAAUCCAAGGUCGAAAUAUGUAGUGUUAUCCGGAAACGCGAACUCUUAUAUAUUAUAACACGAGUAUAUUAUUAUUUAUUACCAUAAUAUAUAGGUAUACGUGAACAUUACUUAUUCGAUAUUUUUGUUCGGAUAAAACGUCAGUAAUAUUUUUUUUCUAUAAUCUCAGAUAGGGGCAACAUGCUAAAAUCGUACGUUGCGUGAAAGUUUAAAUAUAAGGAAAAAAAAAAACAUUCCGAGUUCAAUCUAAAUUCGAAAAAGUCUAUAAAUCUUCCGUCUCGUUGUCCCGAGACUCCGCACAUAGUGUAUAUGCACUGUUGCAGUAGUACACCGAUAAUAUAUUGUAGGUACAAUAUUAUAAUGUUAUAAAAUAGCGUCUCGUCUAUAUUAUAUGAUUUAACGUGCGCUUUUCUAAUCCCGAAUACACUAACUAUAGUUAUUUCCGUAAAUCAUGACUUUCACUUAUAGGAGAAGUGGUUGUACUAUAAACUACUAAGUUAAAAAAAAAAAAAAACUCAAUAUUUGCAAUGCCACUAUAAUACAACGAUGACGUUCACAGCCCUGUAUAUUAUAAUAUAUUGAUACGUGCCAUUGUUCUUUUAAACAAAUGUUAUCGAUUUCGAAAAUAGUAUACCUAUCACCUACAAUAUACAUCACGCGAUUUAUGAUUUGUCUAUGUAUAAUUCCGCAGUUGUAUUCGCCUGUGCCCUCCCCGGGCGUUCCCGCCCAUUAAACGAAAAAAAAAGUGAGAGAAAACCUCGUAUUCUCCGCGGAUCUUGUCUGUUUUUAAAAACCGUUUGAUCUGCACGACGACGAACUCGCAAUCGCACGUUCUCUUAUUGAGAAUUUUCAAACGUUCUACGAUAUUAUUAUAUUUUAUGUGAGUGUAAUCGUACCUCAUUCGCUGCAGAAGUAAUCAAAAUCUUCUGCAACAUCGCAUUUUAAAACACGUCAUCCGGCCAUUUUGUUUAAUAUUAUGACGUGUCAUAAGUAGCACAACAUGGUUUCGCUGAAAAGGGCCGCGUGAUUGACAAUAAUAUUUCGUUCGGAGAUUUCGUAUUCUGAAAUAUACUAAAAUUAUUGUAUCUCACAAAAUCGAAAAUUCAUAAAUACCGAAAUGACUUAAAAUAAAUCAAUAGGUACUAGCUAAAAAAGUAAAAAAAAAAAAAAAUAAAAAUAAAAGACUGACAUCCUUUGCAUGAUGGGUGGGGGCCUCUGUUAUGUAAGUGAUCAGUUGAGAAGGUAGGAUAUAGAGAGAGAUUUAACGCACUAUAUCUGUAUGCAAUGAUUAAUCAUUGCAAACGAAAAGAGUUUCUGAGCGGAGUUCCGUUAAACAUAUUUUAAAAGGCCGUAAUAUUUACGAUUUUUGAUAAAAAUUGAUAUACGAAAAAAAAAUACUACAUUAAUAUCGUUUUUUUCUACAACAAAGUACAACCUAAUAUAAUGAGUCUCCUGUUAAAGUUGCAUGCAUUUCUGUUUGGUCUAACAAUUAUAUCCACAAUAUACUUACAGAAUAAAAGUUACAUAAAAAACUCUCAAAAUUAAUAUGUCUAUUAAUAGCUCAAAAAUGUCCCAAAUUUGAAUAAUUUUACCACGUCUAGAAAAGAUAAAUAUAAUUUUUUUUGCCAAGUUUCAAAUCUCUACGAAUAUUUUGAAUUUAAUUAAACAAAAAAACAAAAUUGGACCUAAUAAAAUCAUUAUUUUCGUAAAAAUCUCGUUUUCCCUACAUUUUUUUCCCCGAUUAUUAUGAAAACUGCUUGGAAAAUAAAAAAAUUACUUUGUUAAAGUAUCAAUUAGAUAAAGUUCCCUUUCAGAAAAGGUGACGGUGAAGACUAAUUUUUUUUACACUACAUAAAAAACAUUAAACAUCAUAAAAUAGGAACUUCUUAUAAUAUAUAUUUGUAUACUUAAAAAACCUCAAAAUACACAUUUUUAGUCAAAAAUUCGUAGUCUAUAUAUCGUAGCUAUAGUUUUUAAUUAUCUGAACGACGGAAUUAAUUUUACUUUGUCUAUAAAUGAGGUGUGUUUUCCAGGUUUAAUCAGAUUUAAUCUAAAAUUGUGUUCCCGUUCACAUACUAAAAAUACGUCCAGUAAAACACUUAAAUUAUUGUUAAGCUUUGUCUAUAGUAAUCUGCUGUUUUUGUCGAAAAUUAUUAAUUUUAAUAUCGACGCAUCUAUAUUUCAAAGUAAUAUCAAUUAUUUUGUCACUCCUCAGAACUUUCUACGUUUUCAUUCCUUUUCCAUCCCUAUUUGUAUUACACUCAUUAAGUCCGAGAGUUAUUUCUUAUCACACUAAUCGGUAAAAAGAUAACGAGAAUUAAAUUUCAAGUCGUUAAUUGUAUUUGGAGAUUGAAUCUUUAUUCAAUAAAGAAGGGUUAUAAAGUUUUUUUUAAAAAAUCCGAAUCGUCGCAGACUUCGAGAGUGAAUGUGACGAAACUGACUUUACUUUUUGGCAGAGAUUUUAUUCUCUAUUUUUUUUUUAUUGUCGGCUAUGCUGUUGAUAAAACUUUAGUCGAAAAUGUGAUUUUUUUUGUUUUUGUUUUAAAAUCGACACGCUUGUUAAGAUUUGUAUAAUAUCCAAUUUCUCCACGGAAAAGAUAUUACCUGGCCACUGCGUUGUAUACUUUCGGUAACCGACUUAUUGGCGAACGCAUGCACGCAAUGUUAUCAUGACGUGUCGCCGAUACCGAUAGCAGUAUAUUUUAUAAUAACAACAAUAAUAUGAUAUAUGUAUAUUUUUAUUUAUGUUCGUGUAUACUGUUAUUAUCGUUUACUUGUCGCGGUCGUCGUAUCGGUCGUGACGAUCUAACCCUACAUAUAUAAUAAUACAUAAACGAGAUUUGUUUGAUUUACAAUAAAAAUAAAUCGGUACAUACGUAUUAUAAUAUUAUUUGUUAUUAUUAUACGCCUAUAGAUGGCGGUAUACGUUCUUGUAUUAAAAAAAAAAAAAAACGUUUUCAUUGAAUACCUUAUGUCCUAAUAUAAUAACGAUCGCCUAUUUAAUAUAAACGAAUAAACGCGACGACUGAUCGACUCCUCGAUCGUAUCCGUCUAAAUUCAAUAUAAUAUAAUAUUAUACUACGCGUUCGUGUCCAAAUAUAAAUAUCUAUAAUUGUAUAACACCUUUUUUGAUACUUAAUUGCCGUCAUAUAUUAUAUAGUUCCAACAUACUUGUACAUUAUAGUUUGAUAGUUAUGAAUUAUGUAUACUUAUUUUGAUUUUCAAAUCAGAGACGCCAUAUCAGUUUCUUAUAAUAUGAGACUGAAAAAAUUUUACCGCGUCGAUUCCCCUCACUGCCAGUUUCGCUAGGUGCUAGAACAAUUAUUGUUAUAAAAAAAAAAUUGAUAAGGUUUCGAUUAUUAGCCAAGCCAAUUAUGGUUAAAAAUCGUAAAAGGGUGUAAGUGUAUACCCUCCUUUAAAAUGAUACCCCUAUGUCCCUGUUACAAAGACGUGUAUACAUAUAUAUUUAUAGACUUGGGUUUGAUAUUUAUUCAUUAAAAAGUUCAGCAAAUUGUUUCACGUCAGAAAACGUAGUGGAAGUCGAAUCGAAAACGACAAUAAUUGUCUCGAUAAAAUUUAAUGUUUUUUUUUUUUUUUUUACAUUUAAUUCUAAUAAUUAUUUAUAUAAUAUGAAAUUUACAAAUUAUAUUCAUUAUUCUUAUUACUUUAAACGACUGAUUGCAGACAUUACCCGAGUUGCCUGAGUUAGGUAAAAAAAUCAGAAAAAAAUAAACAUGAUUUUCGUAUUUUAAGGACGAAACUCAUAAUGUGUGAGCCACCUUUUAGGGCUUGAGUUUAAGGAUAAAAAGUGAACGAGCGUCCUUUUUAUUGUUUUGAAGGUCGAGUGUGCGAAAUUUCAUCGAGAUUUGAAUGAUAAAAAAAGAAAUUGUACAUGUAUAGAUUAAUAAUUUGUACAUACAUUGCUAAAUUAUAUGAUACGUCCAUUGUUAUACAUAUUAUACAUAGGUUUACGAAAAAAAAAAUAUCAAAUUAAUAUGUAAUUUGUAUAUUGUUGUACGCAGGUGGCGGAAGGAUUUGCACGUUUUCACCGUGCAUCGAACAAGUGAUGCGUACGUGCCAAGUGCUAAAGGACCACGGUUUCAUUCAAUUGACAACAAUCGAGUGUUUGGAAAAGGAGUACCAAGUUUUAAACAGGACCGUUACCACGUUCACCGGUAUCCGGCAGCUGCCGUCUACCGAUUCACAAUCGCAGGUAUAAUAUUAUCAUACUACCUCUAGUAUCUAUAUAGAUUCUAUUCAAGAGUUAACAUCAAACCGCUUGUACGCAAACAACGCGUCGCUAUCACCAAUAGAAUAACCCCCCCCCCCAUCUCUCCCCACAAGCCGUGCUCGUUUCUUGUAAUCACGGCGAUGGCAGCGAUGACGGCCAAUCACAGAUCAUGCGUAACGCCGAUUAGGGGUCCGGGCUUCUUAGGUGGUCUAUUUUGCAUGCGCGAAAGCAGUUCAAUUUUAUCCAGAAUUGAGUAUUCAGGACGAUAUUUUUAUCCUUUUAUCACGAACCAGCAAUUUUCUCGAAUUUUUGUAUAUGAAUUUGAUUUUUUUUUUAAAAUUAUUAUGGAAUUGUCUAAGUUUAAAUUUAAUACUAUUUUAAAUGUGUACCCUUAUUCUUUAUACGUGAAAUAAGUAUACAUUUUGGAUUUUUAAUCCUAGAUUCAAAUAAAGAAUAUUUUUUUUUGUACAUUUUGAUAUACAUAAUAGUAUGAAGUUUAGACCAAAUGUGAUGUAGAAAGAGGGGAGGUACAUAAUAUGUUCGUAAUGUAUAAUCCCGGAAUGUAUUACUCCGGAACGUAUUAACCCGAAAUUUAAAAACCAAACACCGUAUUUGUCUGGAAAGCUUGAUUACGGAAAAUGUUACGCACAUCAACAUGUUUAGACUAAUAUUCUCUAUUUACUUUUUUAAAAUUGUGUGCUUAAAAAUUAAAAAUGAUUUUAAAAUAAAAUAUUAAUGAUAACAAACAAAACAGAAAUCAAAAAAUUCACAUAAAAUCCUUCGAGAAAAUUGCUGGUUUAUGAUAAAAGGAAUAGGUACAUUUAAUAUAUUGUAUUAUUUACGAUAAAUAGCUAUAACACCAUUUCGUUGUAGAUAAUUACAGAUGAUUUUUGAAACAUCGCAUAUAGUUAUCACGCAAUUUCAACUUAAAUUGUUUAAAAACAUUCGAAACUACACACCUACUAUACAUGUAAUUUAUACACAUAUGCAAGAUGCUAUUUUACUUACGCAUAUAUUAUUACGUAGGUAUCUAUGACUUCAUAAUAAUUAUUAAAAAAUUAUCUCUUCUCGAUGACGAUCGUUAUUCGUGACGUAUUUACAGUUCAGUAGUCGUGCGGGAAUUCUCAUUUCUAUACCGUAUAUAGGUAUUUCCCAACAACUAUACUGAAUGAGUCGUUACAAUUUUAAAUCCGUCUGUUUUCGAUGGUACACUCUGUAUAGUACGGAUCGGUGCGCCGAUACUUUGUUGAAACGUUGAGAUUUAUCGGGCCUGUGAAUAAAUAAACUAUGUAUUUUCAUACAAAUUGGGAUCCUUUUAUAAAGAGGACUAUUUUACAAUUGCUAAAAAAAAACUUGCAUUUUUCGAACGUAUACUUUAAAAAGUGUUUGUUGUGUACAUGCGGAACACACGUUUAUUUGCAGAACGGAUUUGUUAACGAUUAUUGACAAUUUGUUAUAAUCGAAAUCGCGAAUUGGGCCGAUAAGCCGUGACCGCGUAUAUAUCAACCGCGGCGCGCCGUUCUAUGUAGUGAUCUGGUCAUUUGUAAGACGAUUAGUUAAAUGCAAAUAUAAAAUUAAAUUUGGAAUAAAAUAACUAUAUAGGCGGUCGGGCGGGGAGAGGGGGGAACGGAAAUUGAAGCGUGUCGACUUAUACCUCGGCUGUAGUAAACGAGACGCGGAUCCCUUUCCGUGGACCCCGGGGUUCAUAUUGCUGUAAUACUAGUAUUGUUAAUAAUUUGUAAUUCUAUAAUAUUAACGACCUGUUGUAUGGAGACGUACAUCGGUCGGGUAGAGAAGCGGCCGCGGCAGCGUGCGUAGACGGCGAAAUAAUAGUAUAAAUUAAUAUUGUUUCGGCCUGUCGUAAUUAUAUUCGGAUACGAUAGGAAACAAAAUACGUACCUAUGCUCAUCAAAUACUGUUGUAAAAAAAAAAAAAAAUAUAUAUAAACAUAUACAGUGGCUUAGCCAAGAUUCGUUUAUAGGGGGAGGUUUCGGGGUGGUCUGGGAAAGUUUAGGUGUUACCCCUCCCCCGGAUACGCCAAUGUAUAUAUAUAUAUAUAAGUAUAUAAUGUGUACGAGUCUUAUAUGUAUAUAUUAUGAAGUAUAUAGGGUGAGUGUUAACCACGGGGUUUAUAAUGUAUACAAUUGAUUUCUGUUAUUUCAUUUUCAACCCUCGUGGAAUAUAUAUUAUUACAUAUUCAAACGUUAUUUUUAGUUUUUGUUUUUUUAUUUGCAGGAAAUUUACUUUUGGUUCCCAAAUUCCGUUUCCUUUUUCAACGAAAAUUCGAGAAAAUCAACCAAAAUAUUUUUUUUAAAACAUUUGUAUACGCUAUCAAUAAUAUCGGAUAUACCGUUUUCAAAUUACGUAAAAAUUUCUUUAAAUUUAGACCGGAUACAAGGAGUACAUUUUAUAUCUAUUUUUAGAUGAUUACAUUUUUCUGCUCCUCCCUCCGGUCUGAAUUUUAAAUCGUUAUAACCAAUGUUUAUGGUUUAUAACUAGCACUAUACUUACCAUAACUGGUAACCGUUUUACUGGUUUUGUUUGUUUUUAAGUGUUUAUUUCAACACUGAAAGCUUAUUAAGUUUGUUUAAGGUCUUAAAAUGUAGUUUUUUUUAAAAGCGAUGUUUUUUUUUUUUUGUUGAUUUUAAGCGCUAUAAUAGUCGUGCCGAACCCCCUAAAAGUUUAUAACUCAUUAACGGUACAUAAACGGUAAAUCCGAUAUCGUUUAUAUUAUAGCGUUGUGUUUACAAAAAAUCUUCAGAAAGAUAUUUUCUUUUCGGAAUCUAUUUCGAACGUAUCAAUACGCGAAACGUUUUGGAUGAAAAUGAAAAAAAAAAAAAAACAAACAAAUUUAUCUCGAAAUUUUUUCCGAACGGCCGAGAUAAUAAUACGCGUUACGAUGGCCGGAUCGCGGUCGAAAAAAAUCACCCUGUACACGCUCGGUGAGACGCACGCGCGCGCACGAAAGCCAACGCGAUAGAACCGGUAACCGCGUAUACGGUACGGACCACUGUAAUCUGCGCGCACGUAUAAUGUUAUUAUAUUACGAGGGCCCGGGUCGAGGCGUACGUGUGUGCGCGGCCGGACCGGUCGCCCGGGUAAUUUGUUUUCGACAACGGACAAAAACGAAAACGCGGGCGCGCGCCCGAGCCGCGCGGAGAGCGGAACUGGUCCGCGUCAAACGUUAUAGUUUUUAUCGGGACCGCCUUUACCCGUAUAACGUUUGCCCGUACCGGGUAUAUUUCGCCUACCGCCGCCGCUAUACUCGUCUCUCGCGCCCGGCGACGUCCUCCGCGGUGCCGCUAUUGGGGAAUCGUCCGGAUUCUUGCGCGUCCGCGGCGGCGGCGGCCGGUCGCAUCGUAAAUAUUAUAAUAUACCGGCGUCGUCCGACGGCGGCGAUCGCGUUGCACACCGUAAUCUGUCCGUACGUCCGUCCGUCCGUAUUUAUAAUGCGGCGCGCGUGUUGUUAUUAUUAUUAUCAUCAUCGUCAUGAUUAUUGUUGUGUAGGCGGUACGCGCGCGGGGCUGCGUUCGAAAACUCUCGAGUAGAGAAGAGUAGUGUGCGUAUAGGAGUAGAGCACAGCGUAUAGAAAUCCACAGGCGCUAGAGGGCCUUUAGCUCCCCCUCUCACCCCUCCCCUCCCCCCGAAAAAAGCCAAUCGGCUUUUUCAUGAUGACGACCGAAUAUUUUAUCCGUGCGUUUCUUUGUAAUUGACGAGCGGAACGAAAUACAGAUAUAUAUUUUUUAAUGAAGGCUCAGCCGGAUAAAUCUCAAUAAAAUGUCUGUGCCAACGCAGCUAUCCUUAAUCCUUAUGUUCCUCAAUUCAUCUAUGAUGGCAUUAGCAUCACGACCACAUCUGGUCAACCACAUCUGAUCAAUCGACUCGUGAACAAGUUGAGUGAUAAGGUAAGGUCAACCGGUGCCAUCGCAUAUGAAUUGAGAAACACAAGGCAUAUAGUGUUCGUUAUCAUUAAUAUCAGCGCAUCUCACUUGCAAAAUAUCGCGCACGGUUAUCACUAUCUUUGUCACACGGAAUGAUUGGUCGAUUGCAGCAAAACGUAUUUACGUGUACUAUAAGAAGGUCGCAUCCAUAAUGGGUUUUAUAUUGUAUAAUUGUAGUAGAGUUUGUACGUGCGUUACUACUGGUGUUUGUGUGUAUACCUUUAAAGUAUAUUUGAUAAAGAUCUGGACGGGACUGCGCCUUCGACUGAAACAUGGCCUUAUACUUUCGCGGUACCUGCACAAUUUUUUUUUUUACUGAAUUAUAACAAAAAAAAUAAAAUAAAAUUGAAAAUAAUGAUACUGUUAUUUCCGUAAACUUUCUCGUUUUUUAAUUUAUUAAAAAAACUAAGUGAAAAACUAAAAUCGACUUUAUUACGCACAAAAAAAAUUUAAAAAAUGUAUUUCAGAAGUCUAACUUCACUUGAAUUUAUGACCAAGAUUUCUGGUAGAAAAACGAAAUCGAAAAAAUUUUAAAUAAUAAAAUCGUUAAUGCCAUAACUUUGACAUUUUUUUAAUGAUUAUCCUAACUAUUAUGAAAGAUCAUUAAAAAAUCAAAAAUUGUUUACUUAUUUACAAAAAGGUCCAAAACUCCUAAAUGUAACGAAAAAAGUAUCUUAUUUUUUGAUUGGAACAAGAUUUCUGGAACCAUUACAUUUCUCGCUACGCUCAGAAUCCAAAACCGAUCACAUCCUAAACAUAUAUUUUCAGUCCCAGGGAAGGUAGUCAAUUGUUUGGAAUUUCAACUAGGUAUAAAAAUAUCUAUCUAUAAGUAUACAUGUAUUGCUAUCGGUACGUGGUACGACUAUAACGUGACGGUACAAUCGGGUUUUGAUUUUUGGGAGAUGUUACACAGUAAAAUUAAUAUUAUACUUGACAAAGUACGUUGUUUUGUUCGUUAAAUUUUCAGUUAAUAUAUUAUCACUGCACUAUAGUAUAUUAUUAUAUGAUUUAGAUUUCAAAUAUGUGUUAUAACUGAACUUCGUUCAGAAUCGUAUUUCGUCAUAAUUUAUCAUUCAAGUAGGUUUUAUAUGUAUAAACUCGUAUAGUUGAACACCAAUAUGUACCUGCAAUUCCAAUUCACCGAUACUAUGUGUAAUUUAGAUAUGAUUACCUUUUUUAUUUCUCGUCUGUUGUAUUUCGUGUUUGAUUUUAGGUGCAUUUUAACCCUACUGCCAGGUGCACUUGUCGUGAACUUGGCAACCUGUGCAACCUAACCGUUAAUUCGCUCAAUUCCGUAGGUUAUGGAUUAUUUCAUGGCUACCCUGCUAUUCUUGAAGGGUAUUCCUCUAUACGCAAUCGUGCAGACGACCCCGAUGGUAUGUACAAUGCUCAUGGGUACAGGACUCCUGCAAGUCAUCACGCUAUGACAAGACGGGACCUUGGACCUUAGGUAGCGCCAGACAAGACGCAAUACUAUUACCCUGUAACCACCCCAAAUUUCAUACAAGAUUUUUUAACAAAACAAAAACAAAGUCGUAAAACAAACGCCACUGGUUAUAUAGUACUUUUGCGUGAUAAUAAGUAAUAAUGAAAAACAUUUUUUUACGUGUUUAUGUAGGAAAUAAUUUUUUUUUUUUAAAUAUUAUGUUCAAUUAAAAAUAAAAUAAAAGUAAUAUUAAUAGCCGUGACGUUGGUCGGUCACCGGAUGAGACAAAUUUGAAAACGAUUUCCAUCGGUCGCAUAUCGCGUUAACAUUUCAUGAAGUGUGCAAAAAGUAUUUAUUUUUUUUUUUCUGAAAUAGAUAAUAAAAGAAAAUCGAUUUCAUGAAGUGGCUACGGCAUAUUAUGAACCCAAGAAUUUGGCCUCUUUUAAUUUUUUUCAUAUUUGUAUGGUUUUUCUGCGUGAUAAAAUGAACAAAUCAUUACUACUAAUCGUGUUGCCAGCGACAAUAUGCGAAGAAUUUUGACAAAAUAUUUGCACUGCACGCGGAUAAAAUGUAAUUAACAAAGGAACUUAAGCCAGCGACCACGGAAAACGACGUUAAUUCGUUGAACGGAUCUGUACGUUUCUAUCUCGAUAAACACAAUCACAAAAAAUCAUAAAACCGAUGCUGUCCAAAAAAAAUUGGCGACCUUUUCAAAUCCUUCGUUCUUUAUUUUAGACGCUCUUUACGUAUAGUAAAUACUCUUCUUAAUAAAAAUGCAUAUUACAGUUACGUACAUUAUAGGAGGGUUACACUUGCCGUGAACUUGACCGGGAAGGGUCGUAAUCGGAAACGCGUGGACCCCGUGCCUUUAUUACUCAAGACGCCGUAUUAAUUAUUUUCUACAGGACGUAAACGUAAAUUUUAUGUAUGCAUGCGUUUAUUUGACCUUUAUCGUUGUUGCGGGUUAAACAGUGAUAGAAUUUUUUGUUACGAACGGUUCCUUUUACUUUUUUGGAUUAGAAUAAUAAUAUACGUAUGUAUUGACGUAUAGUAAUGCCCGUUUGCGUACAUAUAAUUAUUAUUAUGAACGCCAUAACGGGAUAAUAAUAUAUAGGUUAUAAUAUAACGAUUCUAAAUUUUUUUUUUUUUUCAGGCGACAUGACUAAAUUUAGACAAAAUUGUUUUUUUUUCUCGUUUCGUGUUAUUUAUUUCGUUUUUUUUUUUUGUUUCUUUUACGGAGAGAUUAAUGUUUUUUUUUUUUUUUUUAGGGAAAUUCACCGUCUGACUCAUACAAUACACUCGUAUAUUAUAAUGUAAUAUAGUGAACCGUACGACGCCGUUGUCGUCGACGCGCGUAUAGAAAUUAUUUUUCGAAAUCCAAUCGGGCGACAGUUUGUGACGUGCCCGAAGUGCGUAUAUAGCGUACCACUUUACCACAAUACAGAGUAUUGUACGAUAACGAUUCGAUGCGUGUGUAUAAUAACGUAAUACCCGUAUAGGCAUCGAACUUAAAAAUUUACCGUUAUUGUGCAUUAAAAAAAUAAAAAAAUUAAAAACAAAACCGUCGUCGUAGUCGUCGUUAAUGACAAUCGUAUCGUCCAAGCGGGUGACAUUACAUUAUUAUUAUUAUAUUUUAAAAAUCGAUGCGUUUACGUGAACGGGUAUUAUAGGCAUGCGUACCGUCGAAAAUACUAAGUAGGCAGUCGUUUUAAAUAAUAAAACAAUAUAAUAUAAUUUCCUUACAUUGUUAUUUGUAUUUUUUCCCUUUUUCUUUUUUGAUCGCGCAGGACGUGUAAAAUAAUAUAAUAAUAAUAUUACUACUAUGUACGCGAACCGUCCAAAAUAAUCGAUCUUUGUAUUAUAAUUAUUAUUUUAAUGAUAAUUCGUUCUCGUCAUAGCCGUAUAUACAUAACACAUUAUAUGUAUACCUGUUAUACGAAGACAAAAGAAAGACUAAAAAAUAUAUAAUACUUUAAGAUUGCCGGUGGUGGUGUACGGUAGGAUUGUAAUACUGCGCACACGUCAUAAUGUUUUAUACGCGCGCGUAACAAUAACGUUUUAUUUUUCGUAUAUAUCUAUAUGUAUUUUUUUUUUUUUUUUUUUAUCAUUCUUUCUCCGGGUAAAGAAUGACUACACUUACGACGUGGCGCGUGCGUCCGUAUCAUUAAUUCGUCGUCGUCGUCGGUUUUUAAACAUUGUAAUUUAUAAUUUCGAGGAACGGGAAUAAUAUUAUCUAUUUAGCUGUUUCGACCGAUUUCCUAUUGUUUGUAUCGAAUGUCGGUGAGUUUCUUUUCUUUUUUUUCUUUUUUUUUUUUUUAAUGUACCUACUUGUAUCCGUUGUCCGUUAAACAGUUACCUACAACAAUAAUAUUAUAAUAAUAAUUGUUUUAAACCGUUUCCUAGUUUUCUAUACUAUGUUACCUGGUGACGACGACGGCGGUAUCCAAUUGACUUUUGUGUAAUCCGGUCUACAGUUUAUUAUAAUACUCGUAUAUUACGUGAUGCGAUAUAGUGUGUUAAUAAUAUUAGAAUAUUAUGAUUUUAGGAUAAAAAUCGCGAGAAACCUUUAACGAAAAUUCAAAAAAUAAUCCUCAAACAACAGGGUUGCGUACCUAGAGUCGAUUCUCUCUGCCCACUCAAUUGCGGGUUGUAUGGAGUGCUGAUGAGAUAGGUACUACAGCGUCCAGUGUCCGAAAUUAUUUGCCCCAAUCGGUGUGAUUUUGUCUUAAUAAACAUAUUUAAAAUUAAUAUACGUUCUUUAAAAUAUAGUUAUAAUUUUCUGAUAAUAUAGAUGUGGUACUGCAGUGUAAAUAGAUUAUAAACAAUUUGUUUACGACAAUUAAAUACGCCAUUGAUUAUUUUUAAUUGUCUAAUGCGUUUACAUCCCCGUCUGACAAAACAGAUCAAACAACUGACUGAAAUUCGUAUUGAAAUAUAAUUUUGACUGAAUUUGGUCUAGCAGGAGCCUAUAGAAUAAUUGUUUAAAAAGUACAUGACAAUGAUAAAUUAGACGCAGCAAAAUAAAUCUCUAUUUUUAGAGAAAAUUGAACAAAAAUCGUUCUUAAAUUUAUUACAAUCGUGUUUUCAUCGUUAUUCGAAAAAAAAAACAAAAAAAAAAACAGGGCAGGGUCGGUUGUAUUUAACUUGGCGUUCUUCGUAUUGUAUUUUUUUUUUCAAAUUCUAAGUGGAACGAGGAAUGUCUUGGUUUAACUAAAUUAUGUGUGUUUUUUUCUAUCGGUUUGUCUACAUGAUUUUUGACCCGAAGUCUUCCUCUAAUAAAUAAAAUUAUCGAAAUUAUCGACCAAUAUUAGGCCGGCUUUGGUUAUGUAGUUUUAGCAACUUAGUUACUAACCUUACCUUAGCAGACAAACUGUUUUGACGAUACUAUUAAUUGCAAUCGUUUGAUAACUGAAUGUUUUUUUCGACAAUUUAGUUACCGGAAUCAGCAAAUAAACUAUUUCUGUAUUUGGUUAUUAGUAUAUUCAUGGCUAGAGUACUGUUUAGUAAACAAAACGUUUUGGUGAUAUUGUAACCAAGUAGCAAUAAAUGUUAUGAUUGGUUGUCGAGAACCUAGUUGAAUUUGUACGGCGUCAAACGGCGAAACAAGUAUACCAAACCAGGCCAUGCAUUAAUGAUUGACCAGAUACCUUACAAAAUUUCCUUAAAUUCUGUCUCGUAAAACCAUAAUAAUUUAAAUUUCCUUUUUUUUUCUUUUGUAUUUUGUAUUUUUCAUUCGGUUCUGAGCCGAAAGCACGGAUUUUUUGAUAUCCAUUAACUUUCAUUUCAAACACGUAAGAAAAAUUGGCCUAGGUCUGGUCAAGUGUGAAGAUAAAGGGACCGCGUACCAAAUCGAGAUUCGGUGUCAUUUCGAUGUACGUAUAUGAAAUGAAAAUCGUCUUGCACGCGUGUGAAACGUGUGCACAUCAGCACCGGAUCCAAUCGCAAUCGUUUACGGUCGAAAUAUCCGCGAUACUUCUGCAGCGCGCGCACGUACAGCAGCAGUUAAGCAGUUAAUAAUUUAGCAAUAAUAAUACCUAAGUUUAUAAUAAUAAUAUGUAAUUACGUUAUGGUAAUAUCCCGGAACGUGAUGCGACGAAAUGUAUUAUAUAAAUUAUAAUAUAUAUUGUUCGGAAUAUUAGAACCAAUGUACAAUAUAAUAUUGUAAGUACGUCGGUCGUCGCGGUACCUCAAGGUUCUGCCGAUUUCCUAUUGAAAAUCGCAUACCUUUUUUAGCUACUUAUUUUUUCGACUUUCCGCGCGUUAUUUCGUUGUAACUCAAGGACAACGCAUAUAUACGUACACGCGUAUAUCUACAAUGGCGUAUACAUACGUACCAACAAAUUUUUGUCGGAUAUACGGUUCGUUUUUUUUUUUUAUUUAUUUUUUCAAUAAAGCGCACUUGAAUUCCGUACGGAUAGAGACGCGCGUUUUGUCCUUGGCGCGCGGAUUCAUUAUGUUUACAAUAUUGCGCGUGAGCGUCCCGCGUGUAUAGCAGCGCUCCGGCGAUGCCUUUUGAAUUCAAUAACACUAAAAUAAUCGCCAGAAACGGAUCGACGACGACGUCGUAAUCGGCGCUCCUUUAGCCUUCUAAGAAUAUAAUAAUAAUAAUAAAAAAAAAAUCUAAAUCACGCCGCCACCGCAGUGGCUAAUGUUUUUUUUUUUUUUUUUUUGAGAGAGAGCUUAUUAUAAACGAUUUGAACGUUAUCGGAAAUUUUAAUCUUUAAUCAUACACUGUAUAUCAAAUAAAAUAUGUUACGGGCAAUGUGGAAUAUCUGGAAAAGUGGUUUCGCCCGGACAACGUGAACGGGACAUUUUAUUUUAAAUCGCCUUUUCCGUCGAAAAAAUGCAACGUGCCAAUAAAGUUACAGCCGGCGUCGGCUACUAGUGGUCCUCAACCGUAUAUAUGUCUGCGAGAGGGCCCUUAGGCCUCAAGAUUCAUAAAAUAUCGUAAUUCAACUACCAGCUGUAUUUUGUGCAAAGAUAUAUACAGUAUUGUUGUUUAGUUGACUAUUGCAGACUUCACUAAAAUAUUUAAAUAUAAUAUUAUUUAUCAUCAAUAAUAAUUGUAUAAACGAUUGAAUGUAUAUAGUGUAUAGGUAUCCUUUUCAGUACUAGAAACUGAAAUGUCGCUAUCCACCUAUUAAUCUACCCGUAUCGUCACGAAGUUCAUUAUUAUUUUUAGAAGUAUUAUCGAUCGAUGAAACCGAUUUCCAACCAAAUAUCACACAUGCUCUUUGAAUUUUUCAUUUAUGGAGCCCCUUAAAACAAGUACUCCAGGUACUUGGUGUACCAGGCUGACACUGGUAACAGCCACGCCAUUUUAUAAAAUACGAGCUGAAUCACUCGGUAUUUCACGGGGUCAAUCGUUUCGAAAACAUAAAUUAAUAAAAGGAAACUAAUUUAAACUCGUUUAAAUUCUUUGUUUCUAUUCUUAUCCCUAUCAUAGUUACUUCAAGUUUUGUGUUUACUGGGAUUCUGUUUACUGCCAUUCUUAUUAUCGUAUCUUCAUUUUUGAAUAUUUCAUCUACCAUUUUCAGUAAAUCGUUAAAAUGGGUACAGUCUAAUCUCAAAAUAUUGCGAUAAGCUGAAGCGUCUUCGUCUUUCAACUCUUUCAAUAAACUGCUCGAUGCACCAUAUCCCGUAUCACGUCUGUCUAUCUAUUGUGUUACCCAUUUAUUUCUCUGAAUUUUCCGCUUUUCUUUUUUUUCAACUCCUUUUUGAUAGCAUGAGCUAAAUGACAUCCGCACGUACCAUUUCCGUCGACAUUUUGUAAACACUGAAACCAUAAACGCCAGCGAGUAGCGAGUAAAGUAGCCAAGCUUUCAACUUUACUCGCAGAUAGUUUACAAUCUGCUAGUUGGCUAGUGAAAAUGAUUACACUGAGCGAGUUUACUAGCAGAUAGUGAAUUUGCCAACUAGCAGCUUGUAAACUUGCUCAAUGUAACCGAGGCUUUAGUCGUUGUUGCCCGAUAAUUUAUAUUUUAAAAAUGAUACUUCUUUGUUUUUUGUAACCAAAUUAAAUAAUAACAAUUUAGACGAGCCCACUCUACGAACGUACUGAGUUUCCGGUUUCUAAACGUAUUUUAAACUAUAAGACACAAUUCCGUGUACAGUUUUUAAAUAAUUUGGUAACCUAGUACUAUUAUGUUUCUAUGUAGAAACUUAAAUAAAUAAAAAAUCUUAAGUUUUACAUAGUUGACAUAACAUUUUUAAAAUUGACUAAUAUCAAUGUAGUAUUUAAUACUCAUUUAUCUUUUUUAAUAACGGAUAUAAUAUAUCUGUUUGUCCUUUAUGCAUUACUACACCAUUUAUCGCCCUGAAACUUUGAGAAAUUGUUCCACGUUGUCCAGAGAAGGCUUAAAUCAACCCCUUAUUGAAUACUAUCUACUCUAACGUUUUAUUAUUUUACAUUAUAUUUAUAUGAUAUUAAUUGUAUUGUUUAUUUUUUAUCAAGUUUAUAAUAUAUACUUCAACGACGGUCAAAUGAUUUCGUCUUGGGGGAACAAAGUUGUUUUUAUAUAAAGUGCAAUAGUCUCGGAGAAAAUUCGACAACAUUUGUUAUUACGUUUAAAAAUCUGAAUUACAAUAAUUGAUGAUGAUAUUUGAAUAUAAUUUGAACGAUUGAACGAAAUAAAAUUAUAUAGUCGUGAAAAAUUUAUUUGAUGUCCUUAAAAAAAAAAAAAAAAACACGUUAUUUCCCAUACUUAAAGGAUUAUAGACUUGUAUAAUGAGGUUUAAUCAUCGCACAGACUGUUCAUAUAUAAUAUUAUUAUUAUUAUUUUUAUAUGUGUACAUUAACUUAUAAUAAUUUAAUACCUAUGUACAGAGUGAUCAACUUAUCACGAAUCAACAAUGUUCUCUGGGACUUUAAACGAAUUCGAUUUGUUUUAAAACUAUUUUUAAUUUUUGACUCUGAAUUCUUAUACCUUAAACGAGUGCUUACUCGUAUACUUGUUAUUUUCAAAUAAGAUUCCUCUUCUAUAGACACAGAUUUAAAUAUAUAAACAUAUUUUGAUGUGUUAAAUACUAAUAUCUGAUUUACCGUUUAUGAUUUUGAAAUUUAAAUUGGGGAAAUAAGGGAGGUUAAUCGAUUCAAUAUCCACUUUUAGAUUGUUACUCCACAACCCUUCCCUACCGGUGUAAACGUUGAACUGUUAAAUUCUGUGUUAUGUGUACCGAUUGUUCGAAGGAAAAUAUUCUCUAUUUGAGUCCGUGUCAAAAGUGAUGAAAAUAGUGAUGAAAAUAGAGUAUAAACGAUUCCACAGUGAUUGCGAAGUACAGUAGAUAAUCGAAUGCGCUUCAAACCCUCCGAGAAAAAUGCCGGUUCGUGAUAACUGUAUCGCCCUGUAUGUACAUUAUACGUUAUAGUCUCUGUCGAACGCGUCGGAUUCGAACGCUGCAAUAUACACGUUAUAAUACUAUACUACGCGGACGAUCGCGAAUAACGAUAAUAAUAAUAUUGGACGAGUUUAAAACUUGUAUUGGCAUUAAGAGUAAAAGAAAAAAAAAUAGAUUUAAUUACCGGCGAAAUUAAUAAUAACAUAGUCGCGUAUGUACCGUCUCCGGGUACCGGUUAUAUACCUAUACAAUAUAUUAUAAUAGGUAUUACACUCGCAGUAGUAUAGUAUUAUAGGAUUAUAUAGGUAUAGCUCGGAUCCCAUUAGUCCUUUCGACUAAUUUUUAUGGAUUAAUUCGUGCCUUCGAAAACAGCGUGGGGAAAUUAUGUUCCAGUUUCGUAUAUUAUAUUAUAUCCGUGUGUGUGUAUAUAUAUUUAUAUGUAUAGGGCGUAGGCAGAUAUAUAGGUAUAAACUAUACCGUGGUACAUGGUUAUUUGUCCGGAAAUUCGUGUUCCACACGCGACGGAAGAAAUUAUGUAGCAGGUCUGAAUACGUAGAGCACCUACAACUGUAUAUUAUUAUUAUACGAACAUUUUACGAAUACGCCCGCGACACGAAAAUCUCGUGGAAUGUACGAUGAGAAAUGACGAAAAGUAAAGACGCACAUCAUACUUCGCACGAUGGGUGGGCUGCUGUUGUAGGCGAGAAGUUGCAGGGAAAGUCGGAUAUACAGAAGAAUAUAAUAUAUAUCUGUUUAUCUAUAACGAUAAACCAUUGUUAACGAAAAACGAUUCGGAGCAAAGUUCGGUUGUACGUGUUUUUGUACAUAGUUGUAAUAUUUACGAUGUUCGUUAAACUUUGAUGUUAAAAUUCUUAUGUAUAAAAAAAAUAUGUACUACAUAAUUAAACUAAUUUUUUCUUUUACCACAAAGUACGACUUAAAUAAACCUACUGUUAAAUUUGCAUACAUUUCUGUUUAGUCGUUAGACAAUUUUAUCUACAGAGUAAAGAAUACAAAUUACGUGUAAAAAGACUCGCAAAAUUAAAAUAUCUAUUAAUAGCUCUAAAAUGACUAAUAUAACUUGAAAUUUUUACCACGUCUAGAAAAAGCAAAUAUAAAAUUCUGUCCAAAUUUAAAGUCUUUAGAAAUAUUUUUAACUGGAUAAUAACAAAAAUUCAAAAUUGAAAAUAAUACAUUUCGUAAAUUUUUCUGUUUCUCUUACGUUUUUUCCAAGUAUUAUGAAAACCCCUAAGAAAUUCAAAAAAUUAACAUUCCUAAAAUACCAUUUAGAUAAAAUUUUCUUUCAGAAAAGGUGUCACACUUGAUACAUAGGAAGGAUAUUUCUGGUAGAAAAAUUGUACACAAAAAAAAAAAUAAGAAAAUCCUCGCUACGCUCCGAAUCUAAAAAAUAGUUGUACCUGACGGAUGUGCCACUAUUAUUGUAAGUAGAAGGUUCAAAAGGUCUAUGCGCAAGAUACAAGAAUUCUAGCAAAACAUUAAUUUUUAAAUACGAAUUUCAUACAAAUUUGAACCCCUAAAAGACUUUGACACUAAUAUGUAAAUUGCAUCUUCUAUCUUCAUUUCUAUAAGAGUGUUUAAAAGGUAAAAUACUCUACCUUUUGCAACAACAUGCUGAAACUUAUAUUGAAAUUAAUUCCAAAUUGUAUCAUUUUAAUCUGCCUAUUUAAUAUAAGCAGUUCUAAUCCCCGAGUUUGAACCUUAUUUGGUCCGGAGGGAACUGUUAAAAGUACCUGACAAUGAUAGAAAAACAAUAUAUUAAAAUUCGACAAAAACUGUUUUUAAAAUUUGGUAAGUUAUCAAAAAAAAACCUACGAUGAGAAUAGGCUCAAUUUAUAAAGACGUCGAUGAAUUUUCAUUUCUAAACAGCUCGUAUUGUAGCGAACUAUAUUCGAAUAAAUAACCACAGAAACGCUGUAGAAAUUUAGUGCAUUAAUCCAAAACGACUUUAAAAUAAAAUCAGUUAACCAGUUAGCCUCAAACACUAAAAAAUGGCAUUACGGAUUUUAAAGUAUACCCUCGAACUCUUUAAUUGCUGAAUGUGCAUCCAAUUCACUUCCAGAAAAUCCUCCUUGUUAACUCCAAAGAAAGUAGUAUAAUCUGCUGGAUAAUUAAAUUUAAAAAAAAAAAACUAUACUUGACACGACGGGUGGGCCACUGUUAUAGGUGAGAAGAUAGAAAAUUAGAGGAGACAUUUAAAUUUAAGGUGUACAGAACGAUUAAUCAUUGUCAACGAAAAAUGAUUUUGAGCGGAGUUCGAUUAUACAGGUUUUGAAAGGCCGUAAUAUAUACAAUUUGAACAUAACACAUUUUGUAAAUUUUUCCAUUUAAUAUGAAAACCCCGGGGGAAAUAAAAAAAUUACCCCCUUGUAAAAAUGACGGCCUUGACACGUCAAGAAUCUGGAAAUUGUUUUCGAAUAAACUACUACCGGGCGGGAAUUCCGCCCAUCGUUUAAGGUGACUUAAGUGGCCGAAUCGGAGCAUUUUUAUAAACCCAAAAUAUGUUUUCCGAUAAAAAAACAAAACAACACACAUUAGUGAAACUAAUAUAGCUUUUUCGCUGUACGAAAUACAAAAUGAUAAUAAAGAAACUAAAAUCUAACCGGAAACAAAUGUAUUGCGGUAGAAUAUUUAGAAAUUAAACCAAAAAAAAAAAAAAAUAAUAAUAAUAAGUAUAGUGGUUCCGGAUCUCACUCAGGACUGAGUGGGGAACAAAUACAACAAAUAUGGCUGCCGCCGCGGUAAUUCGACAUGUUAUAGUCACGGUAAUUUAUAUUUCGCGUUAAUUGUAUAUUACGUGAGUACACGCAUACAUCGUAUUAUGAGGUCCUUGGCGAUACAAGUACACUGUAAGUCCAUAGCGCACCGGGUAUGGUCCGUUUGUCUCGCGGUUCAAGGAUUUUAUGUAUCCGUAUAUAUAUAUAUUUUAUUACUAACUCGGUCAGCUGCCUAUGGUCGCGGCAUAUAUAACAAUCGGCUAAUGUAGACAAGUAUUGUCAUGAUCUUCGAAUUGUCGGAGAUACAGGUGAGAACCAUCAAUAACGGAUGCGAGGGUGCGUGCAGAUUUUAUUUUAAAGGGACGAUCGACGUAACGUAUUAGUCGCGCAUUAUCUCGCCUAUAUUGGUAGUGAAACCGCCGCCCAUUUUUGAAUUUCAAAUAAUUGCCUAUUUUAAAAUUUGCAUAAAUAGAUAGAGUUUAGGAUAAAUAAAUUUCGGUGUUGACAUCGGUCCGUCGGUCCGUUGACGAGGUAGGUAUUCCACUUUGAAGUCUAUAAGACAGACGGAGAGUAUAGUGUAUUCAAACCCCGCACUCCGCGCCGUCAAACGUCAUCGAUCACUACUCUCCUCCUACCCGUUAAUUGACAAACCUAAAAGGUGAACAUCUCAUCGACGGGUAUAAGUAUGGAUUAAAAAUUUUAAUAUCAAAAUGUAUUUACAUUAAAACUGCACAUAUUUUGUUUGGUAUUUUUAAUUGUAAGUUGUUAUUUGUAAAUCAAAAGUAGGUAAUGGUUUCAUCCCCGAUGAAAAUGUGACAAAAAAUAACUGUAAAGUAAUUUCUUAGAGCUGCUUGAUUCUCAAUUUUUUUAAAAAAAAGUUCUGAAAAAUAAAUAUUUUCCGAUACAUCGAGUGUCUUACGUUAUUUUAAUCACCCGUAUGAAAAUUAUUUCAUGGUAUAUUUUGAUUUUAUACAGGUGACCAAAUACAGAACAUGGAGGAAAUUAAUCGAAAAUAAACCCCGGUGUGUUACACAAAACCCCGUCGGGUAGUAUUUUAUUUCAUGUGCACCGUAUGCGAUGUGUUAAUAUGUGACCUGGCUGAAUUUCCGAAAACGGUUCUUUUAAUUUUUCGAACAACUUCCAUUCACCGGUGUACGGGCAUUUGAUAUUAUUAUUUUUAUUUCAUAUGACCAUCGGCAAUGGUUAACUUGUCGAUGUUCGAUGUCGAUGAUUACGCGUUAGUCGAUACUGUUCUGCGGUAUGAAUAAAUAAUAUUAUAACUAUUGCGUUUAAUGGGUGGUUAUUGCAGGUCAUAGUGACGGAUGAAAAAGCUCGGCGGAAGCGUGCAAAAGACAAUUUAAACUGCUUGUUAAGCACAAAAAAAAAAAAAAAUGUUUAAUUAACUUUAGGAAAAAAUAAACUGCAUACGUACGAAUCUCUAUGACGGAAAUACAUAUUUAGAACAUUCGUUUGUUUUUGCAGAACGCCGCCGCGGAAGAAUCGGCCGGGCCCGCCGAAAAGAAAUUCGUGGCUUGUGUCCCGUCGGCGUGCCCUCGCGGACACACCGGCUACCUGACCACCGCCACCUAUCUGAUGGAAAAUCCGCUAUCGCGACGUUCCGACACCGAGGGCGAAAACAAAUGCGAAAAUUGAAAACCCCGAAGUGCCACUCACUCUCCGGGCGAAAGACGUCAUCUCGUGGUGUAUUAUUGUUGUUUUGUUUUUUUUUUUCUCCCCCUCCGCGUACGAUUCGAUACGGGUAUUAUAUCUUUUUGUACAUCCGAUCGAACCAUUGUGUGCUAUGGCGCUACAUAAAAUAAAUAAAAUGUGAUCGUGUACGUAUAUAUAUAUAUAUAUAUAUAUACACAUGUGUGUGUUUGUCGUGUGUAUAUUUUGUAUGUAUAUAAUACCUUAUUUUUUUUUCUCUCCCACUUUUAGAAAUAAAG